GGAUCGACUUCUGGCUUCUGCAGCUCUGCAGAAGCCGUAUGUCAUCACCAGCUAUUGCAGGACAGUCGGCUCCCAGUAAAGAACCAGGUAAGUGGACAAAUCAUUGCAUAACAGUUUGCCCCAUUACCGGCAAUGGUGCCUGGGUUCUAAUGGCAUCGUAACCACUACAGUGGGCAGUUAUGAUGCUUAGAGCAACCCUUUAAUUGUUUCAGGACAAAAUAGAGAUCAUAUCAAACAUGUGUCAUCAUACUAUCAUGAACAAUGCAUUUACACAAGACUGACAUUUGUUUAAUUCUCAGUAAAGCAUAAUAAAGAAGUUUCAAUCAGGAACUCAGGGACCGACCGACUUCAUCAUGAGGCCUGCAAAAGCCUGUUUUGCUCCAUUUGAAAAAAAGAUUUAGAUCCUAUAAGCAAUAUGUGGAAUAGAUCACAUUAUACAUUUUGUUGUUUUUAUUUUUAUAUUUGCGUACACCCUACUAAUGCUAUUUUGCACUCAUUUUUAUAAUUGCAACUUAUAAUAAUCAGCAAAGUACUCAUUAAGGUUAUUUGUGGAUCAAAAACUCCACCUGUACGGGUCAAGGAAAAAGCUACAAUGAGAAUGAAAAAUCAUUGAUGAGUUAGUUGAGAAGAUAUUGCAAAAUCAUUCAGUUUCACUGUCCCUAUCGGCAUAUUUUAGAUAGGUGUGGGAUGUGACUCAUUUUCCUAGUGCAGCUAUUAGAGUGGUCACCAAUUGUGCUGUGCGAUGAAAAAAUUGUCGUAAGUAAUAUCUCCUGUUAUUCCAGUAUAAAUGAUUGUACUGUAUGUUUGUGUUAUGUAACUGUUAUUAGAAAUCUGGAGCAAAAAUGUAAAAGCGAGGCAAUUACAAUGGAAACCAAGAGAAUCAGCAGCUAAAAACCACUUGUGAUUGCUCCACUUUUACAUCUAUGUACAACUUUUCUAUCUUGACCAUUCUAGAAAUGUUCCACCUGUGUGUCUAAAUAGUGUCUGAUAUUAACAAUCAAUUUACUCUUGGGAAAGGUAUAGAAAUAAUUGCCAUUUGCUUUUCAAAAGUUGUAGGUCAAGUGAUCUUUCUACAAUUAUGCAAAAGCGGCUAUUAAAGGAACACUCUGAGCACCAUAACAACUUCAUUUCAAUUAAGCUGUUAUGGUUUGUGGACGCCAACUUACCCUUUACAAAUAGUUUAACUCCGAACUUGUGUAGAUGACAACCAUCCUUUCUGACCGUCCUGGCUAAUUCUUUGGCCAAGCAUUGUUUCUGACCUGAAGAUGAGAGGAAACUACGUAUUGAAAGCUUGUUUCUUAAAAAUAUUGUCCAAUAAAGAGCAAUCACUGCACAUUGUAAUACUCCUAUAAUUCUGGUAUAUACAGUAAUACAAAGACCAAAUGUGUAUUCUCAACAAUAUGGAAAUGGUUAAUAACAUCUGUUUAUGCCAAUAGAAAUAAGCAAAUGAAACAAUGACACAAUCUCCUUGUAGUGUUUACGUAGGUUGUGCAAUCGUGCUGAAUCCUUCUCUUCUCAUAAUUUCUAUACAUUCAUCAAAUCAUUUCGAAAGCUUAGUUACACGUUCCUACAUUCUAUAUAGUUUUAUUUAUAGCUCUUACUUUUCAAACAUGCCACUGCUAUUUCUGUUACUACUAAUGUUUAAUUUAACACAUACUACGGUUCUAGAGCAAAACUUGCUUUUCAUCUGUGACCAAUACUUUAGAUACUUUCUUAACUUUAAUUUGUUUUGGUUUCUUAACUUUAAUUUGUUUUGUUUUAGAAUUAAAAUAUCCAAGUGUAUAAGAUGUCGAUGUUCAGGAGUUCCACUGGAAAUGGUAAUGAAAUAUGAAACUUUUUUUUAUAGUUAAACACAUUUUUUAUUGUUAAAAUGUUUGUCAUACUUUUCUCUACUCAUAACCCCUCCCCCCCAUCUUUCCUCUACACGAUGCAACCACUCCAUGUUCUCCUAUCUCCCCACUACUCCUCUAAGCUCUUUUCCCCCUUCCAUCUCCUUCAAGCCCUCUUAACCUUCUCUAUUCUAUCUUCCAGUCUCUCCAUAUUCUCCCCUUCUUCUUUAUUACCUUUCCUUCAUCCUUCUCAGAAGACUUCAAUAGAUCAUGUCCAUCGUGUUCAGAUUAGUCCACCACAAUCUCAUUCUUGGCAGCAAUUAUUAUUCAUCUUUAAAAAAACAAAAACAAGAAUACAACCAUCACUACUGAAUAUCUAACUCUAUCAGGGCCUGGGGUUAUGAGAUUCCUGGCUCUGGGUAGAAGAUUAGAGUAAAUUCCCAACACCCUCAGCAAUAUUUAUUGACCCAUCUAUCAGUGGGCCUCUGUUAUGGGGUGCAUUUCACUAGUGGGGGGAGGGAGGGGGGAAGAAGGUCAAAUGCAACUUAUUACAUUUUCCCAUGCGCACCAGACUUAUUUGCAACAACUCUGCUGGGAUAUAACAAAUUUUAAAAAUACAAAAUGAACCAAGUUAGGCAGGAUUUGUUAUGUUAGUGUGUAUUAACCAUUUUUAUUUAUUGGGAAUGAUGGCCUCUCUUUCCUUUCUAAUAGAGUCAAAGAGUGCCACUCUUGGAUCUGUUAACAGGCAGAAUGUUAUACAAGAAGCAAACAGAAGGAGGACACUUUUGCAGGACAACAGCUGGAUAAAAAAUCGACCAGAAGAGGAAGAGGAAAAGAUGUAAGAAAAUUACUAGCCAGAGGCUUAACUAAAAACCACAGGGCCAUGGUGUAAAAACUGCCCUGUGUACCCCCCGGUGUCUAAUUCUCCCCCCCCCAGUCCCUCCAUGUGUCUCAUUCCUUCCCCCCAGCCUCUCCAUCUCAUUCACCCCUAUCCCCACCAUGUGUCUCAUCCUCCUCUCUAGCCCCUCCAUGUGUAUCAAUCCCCCACCCCUCUACUUGUCUCAUUUUCACCACCCAUCCAUCCAUGUGUCUUAUUUCCAUCUACCCCUUAAUGUGUCUCCUUCCUCCCAAUCCCCUCAAUGUGUCUCAUUUCCCCCAAGCUCCUCUAUGUUUCUCAUUUCCUCCCCCCAGCCUCUCCAUCUCAUUCACCCUUAGCCCCUCCAUUUGUCUCAUCACCCCCCUCCAGACCCUCCAUGUGUUUUAUACCCUCUCCCUGCCCCUCCUGUACCUGCUCACCACAGUAUCCAGUCUGACAGAAAGUGCUCUAUCAGUGAGCACUUCCUGUCAGACUGCAGUCUGCUCGGUUACGCUACAUACAGUGUCUGGCAGGAGGGGAGCAGCACAGAGCUGCCCUCCUGGUGGGAACCCAUGGCAUGACGGACCGGGUAGCAGCUGCGACCCCUGCGAUAGUAAUGCCAUUGGGGCUGGCUAGCAAUUUAUUCUGUCAGUUUCAUGUUAGCUGUUAAUUUUAAGACAAGGUUUAUUGUGUCAUAUUUAUUUAAAGCUUGCAAAAGUUCUGAAACUUUAAUGUGAGCAUCAUGACCAUAACAAGUUUAGGCAUGUAACAGUUUAGAUGGAAACAGUAGUGGUCGGCACAACUGUGACAGACUUCUAAGAUCAAAGAAAUAGGUGUGUCAAAGCAGACAAAGUAUUUCAAAGAUAAAUUAUGAUAUUUAAUAAUAGCAUAAUAAAUAUUUCUGAUCUUAGGUUAUGUGGAAAGCUUGAUGCCACAUGAGUUAUUUGCAUUACCUGAGCUCAUUUGAGCUAAUUAUUAUUAAUUAGAAAAUGAACACAACUUCAACUGACUUGGAGAUGAAUGCAAUAGUCUUUCUAGCUGGUCAGAAUGGAGUUUAGUGCAAAUGCUGUUCCCAGCAGCUGUGAGCAUCUGCGUUUUGUAGGAAGCUGUAUUAAGAUAACAUUUAUUAACUUGUUAAAUUGAAGGUCACAUACAGAACCAAAUCCCAAACAUACAUCAAUAUGGCUUGACCCGAUUGAAACUUGUCAAACCUGUAAACAGGAGUGAACUGGAGUUUCACAGAGUAGCAGUUGAGCUGUUCUGAGUCGUUUGCAUUCAAUAGUUGCUUUAAGGGAUUCUCCAGUGCCAGGAAAACAUAUUAGUUUAGAACACGGACGUCCCUCUAGUGACUGUCUAGUAGAUAGCCACUAGAGGAGGACUAGAGCAUGUGCCAUGCACGCAUUAGCUCUUCCUCAUAGAAAAGCAUUGGCUCAGUGUUUUCCUAUGGAGUUUAGAAGACGCUGGACGCUUUGCAUGAGGAUGUCCAGUGUAGUUUCACGGAGUCAAACUCCAUAAAAAACCAGGAAGAGCCUCUAGUUACUGUCUGUGAGACAGCCAGUAGCGGCUGUCUUUAUCCUGUAAUGUAAACCUUCUAGUUUCUUUGACACAGCAAUGUUUGCAGAUGCAGGGCCAAGGGGACCGGGACAGUGCACCCAGACCACUUCAAUAACAUCAAGUGGUCUGGGUGCCUAUAGUGUCCCUUUAACAAAGAAGUGUUGUGCAAGAAUUACAAGUCACUUCCUGCAUACACAGCCUUGUUGGUUUAUAGUGCUUUAUGUAUAUUUUAUAUGCGUGUCUUACUUUUCAUCGAACCAUGACAUAAAAAGUAGAACAUUUUUUACAUACUUACCAUAAUUUAUUUUUUCUGGCUAUUCUACAUGGCAGCAUCACUUAUGGGUUAGCUCCUCCCCAUAAGUGAUACUACCAUAUUUGUUCAGAAAAGUAGAAAAUUGUUUACACACUUACCGUAAUUUUCUUUUCCUGGCCAAACAUGGCAGCAUCAUUUAUGUGGAGGAGCUAACCCAAAAAUAAUGCUGCCAUGUUUGGCCAGGAAAAUAAUUUAAGAUACUUACAAGUUUAGUUGUUGAAGUUGGCAAACAGCUGUCUUUCUCAGUGUUGAUGAAAUAUUUUAUUGUUGUAGAUUUGACUAUGUGAAACUAUUUCAAUAUAAUAAUCUAAUUUAUAUGAACAAUUAUUGUACUUUUGUCUUUACAGAAGAGAUGAAAAUUAUGGGAAAAACGUGUUGAGUCGAUACAAAUCACAGGAUGAUCUGGACAGGUAACAGAUGAUUCAGUUUUUAGUUUUUUUUACUUUUGAACUUUGUACUACAACACACACACAAGGGUAGAUAACCAAAUACUUGUCAUUUUGUGAUAAAAAUUUAAAUCAUAACCAAUGCUCUUUAUCGUGAGAUUGUAAUAGAAAUGUAAAGAAAUGUUUUCAAUAUUUUCUAAAAUGCCCUAUCUUCCAUUAACUUAUCAUUUCAUUUGACCUGAAUGAUAUUGGGGUGGGGAUAUGCCUUACUAGGGAAUACCAGUUUUCUUUCAACAACCAUCUUAAAAAAGCUCUAAUCUGUGUUCUAUCUGAUUACUGUAUCAUUUCUAAUUUCCACUUAUGCCUUUAAAUGUUUGGGUAGAAUGCUAAAUUACAAAUUCCUUUUUUUUACCGCUAGACUCUACUGAGUUAUCUUUUAGAAGUGUAGCCUAAAAGAUUUUCUGUUAAAUCCCAAGGUAAUUUCUCUUAACCAGUUCUUUUCUUGGCCUCCUUGUAAGAUUUUGUCACCGCAGUAUUCCUCCAAUCAGUCUUUAGGACUAAUCAAGUCCUUUCAUGGUGUUUCUGCUUUAGCACAUGUGAAUUAAUCAGUGGCUCAGUAAGUUUCACAUAGAUUUAAGUGCAAAACUAAAGAUAUUAUCAUAGUGUGAUAUUCAUCUAACCUCUAGGCUAUUUGGUCAGUUCUGUUUAUUGGUUUGAAGACCACAACUGUAGAUCACCAAACCUCUAUAUGUGUGUUGGAGAUUGAGUCACCUGAUAUCUAUCUGAUUGAUCAGCUUGCUGUCCUUAAAGGACCACUAUAGGCACUCAGACCACUUCCGCUCAAUUAAGUGGUCUGGGUGCCAGGUCCCUCUAGUUUUAACCCUGCAUCUGAAGACCUGCUAUGUUUCACUGAGGGUUAAUCCAGCCUCUAGUGGCUGUCUCAAUGACAGCCGCUAGAGGCGCUUCCUCAUUUUUUCAAUGUGAAAAUCACAGUGAGAAGACGCUGACGUCCAUAGGAAAGCAUUGAGUAAUGCUUUCCUAUGGGCAGUUUGAAUGCAUUCAGCGCUGACGUCGGCAGAGGGAGGAGAGUUCCCCAGCGCCGAGGGAUCCUGGCGCUGGAGAAAGGUAAGUGGCUGAAGGUGUUUUAACCCCUUCAGCCCAGCGGGAGGGUGGCCCUGAGGGUGGGGGGGACACACACAACCUAAUGACCCUAUAGUACCAGGAAAACGAGUUUUGUUUUCCUGGCACUACAGUGGUCCUUUAAAGAAACACUUUAGUGUUAGGAAUACAAAGCUAUAUUCCUAGCACUGUAGUGUUCCCCUGACCCGACGCUCUCCCUAUCCAGGAAAAGAUUUAAAAAAAACUCUAAUUGUGAAAUGGUAAAAGGAUCUUAAUGUAAACUUUACCCCCUAUGAAUGGUAGCAUACUACUAUUCAAUUAAAAAAAAUAUGCAUUGUAUAUCUUUGUUAGAACUACAUCUAAAGAUUUUAUACAGAUGAUAUCAGGUUCCCUUUAAACUACAUCAAAUUUAUGAAGCUUACUCACCUAUAUGCUGGAGAUGUAAUAAAGACAUUGGCACAUUACUUCAUAUAUGUACACACAAUCCACAGGGCCCGGUGCGAAACUGAUCCAUGGGGUCCCCCCUAUUCCCUCCCUCUCCCGCCCCCCAUCCCCCGACAGACAGACACACACACACACAGACACACAUACAUACAUACAUACACACACAUAGACACAUACAGACAGACAGAUACAUACAGACACAUGCACACAUACAUACAUACAUACAUACAUACAGACACAUUCAUACAUACAUACAGACACACACACAGACACAUACAGACACACACAUACAGACACACACACAAGACACACAUACAAACAAAGACACAUACAUACAAACAGACAGGCACACAUACAUACAUACAGACCGACACACACACACACACACACACAAACACACACAGACAUGCACACAUACAUACAUACAUACAUACAGACACACACAUACAUACAAACACACAUACAUACAUACAAAGACACAUACAUUCAGACACACACAACACAUACAUACAAAGACACAUACAUAUAAACACACACACACAAAAUAUUUUAGUCACUCUCCUGUUUCCUACCUUUUAGGUGCAGGAGGGUGACUGGGGUCCAGUGGUGGCUCAGGUGGAUGGGAGUCAGAGUUCCCACUCUGACUCCCUGCUCUUCCUCCCGCGUGGCUCUCAGUGUUAGCUGGGAGGAGUGACGUGCCGUCACUUCCUCCUAGCUCUGUGAUGUAAUCACAGGGGACCCGGUCACGAUGUUAAAGUGCCCAGCGCUGACCGGGCCACCUUACAAUCCAUAUCCAUUGGGUGGCCCUGACAGCAUGGGCCACCUGAUGGACCCCUUGGGUGGCGGCCCCGGCGGUUUGCCAUGCGGGCCGGGGCCGCAAAAGAUAAUGGCGGGUACCCGGUCGCAGCUGCGACCCCUGCGACCGCGGUAUAUAUGCAGCUGCAUAUAUGGUAUACCUGUGAGAUAUUAAAUGAUAUCAAGGCACAUAUAUCUUCCCUGAUAUCAGAUCUAAUUCAGGAUUCAUGAAAUAUUGGAUUUAAUUGUAUUCUAUAUAUUCUAUAUAUUUUUGGCAAUAUUGUUAAAAUUGAAAACUAAAUAAAAUAGAAUAAAUAUAAAACAAAACAAAAAAAACUUUUUUUCACUUAACCAAUUCCAGCACCAAUGUCACACUCCUCCUCUGGUGGGGGGAUCUAAUGUGUAUGCACAGUGAGAACAUUAAGGCUUCCCAAUAGUAAAGCAUUGACUAAGUGCUUUCCUAUGGGGUUUUUCAACACACUGGACAUCCUCAUGCAAAGCAUGAGGCCAUCCAAUUACAUUUCUAUGAUUUAAACUCUGUGAAACUCCAGGAAGCGCCUCUAGUGGCUGUCUAGUAGACAGUGGCUGUCUAGUAGGCAGUCUUAACACUGCAAUGUAAAUAUUGCAGUUGUUCUAAAACUUUAAUGUUUACAUGGCAGGGUUAAGGGAACAUAGACAUUGCACCCAGAUCACUUCAAUUAGAUGAAGUGGUCUGGGUGCCUAUAGUGUCUUUUAAAGUUACAUUUCUGUCUAAAUGAUGGUUGUGUACAUCAUUACCUUUGUCUCCUGUCUCAUAUUGUCAUCUGACACUCAGAAACACCAAGGUAGUAUAAUUCAGUGUUCAUUUUGGCAGCAAAUUUCAAUUUAGUCUUAGUCAUAGUGUUUUAACAAAAAAGCCAUUUAAGCUGUGUUUAAGUCAUCUGAAUUGUUUUAGUUUUAGUCUAGUUUUAGUCGACUAAAUCUCCAGUAGAUUUUAGUCGACACAACUAGAAAUGGGUUUUGUUAAAGCCUCUAUCUGUUUCAUUUAUACCUUCACCAGCCCCUCUGUGUCUCUUUGUGUUAUCCCAGCACCGCUGGGUAUCUCUAUCCCAAGCCCUGGUCUGUCUCUUUUGCCACUUAAACAGUCCUUCUAUGCAGUGUUAAUUUUGGCGGCAAAUUUCAACCUAGUUUUAGUCAUAGUGUUUUGACUAAAAAGCCAUUUUUAGCUUUAGUCAUAUUUUAAUUAUCUGACUUUUUUUUUUUUAAGUCUCAAAAAUUUUAAAUAAAACUGUUGACAAAAUUAACACUGGUGUAAUUGGCCACAAAUUAUAAACAAAAAGUAAAAAUCUGUGCUACUAGUUGCUUUUAGUUAUAAGUUUUUUUUGCAAAUAGCCUGAACUUGAAUUCACAUAAUCUCCUGUCUUAAUCAAGUCUCUUAUCACCAUUCCUGACAACCAGCUGACUCAACUCCAAAUUAUAUACAAAAAAAUACCAUCUAGUUAAUUUGCUUCUUUCAUUUCUGUUGAUCUGCCUGAAAAAGGCUGUACUGGCUUCCUAUCUAUUCAAGGAUAAUAUUGUAACUUUAAUCACAAAACACUCUCUAAAUCAAUCCCUUUAUUCUUCUCAAGGCUCCUCACCUCUUUUAUACCUUUCUUAGACAACUAUUUGUGAGGUUUCUGUCUAUUGAACAUUCUACAAGGUGGUCUUUUGGCUCUUCUCCACCAUCAUUACUUACAAAGCCCCCCACCACAAAUUUCUUUACAAUUAUGAUAUCCAUAUACUAAUUUUCAUAGAUAAAUAUACAUAUUUUGUAUACAGAUAUACAUAUUUCACUAUCAUCCUUUAAAAAUACCAGAUAAUAAAGUAGCAUAAAUAUUGAGUGGAGGAGUUUUAUACAAACAUCUACAGGGUUAUUCAUAAAAGUGAGUAUUUAAACUGAAUUUAAAAUUUAUGGUGAAAGGAGCCAAAAUGAAAUUCUCUAAGACAGUUAUGCUUCAGGUUCUGCCUUUUUGGUAAUCCAUUUGAAAUUCAAUAAUUCAAUAUAAAGUAUAUUUUAUUUAUUGUCUACAUGUCUGCAAAUUGACUAAUUUUAAGGUAACCACAGCCUGCAAAUAUUUAUUUUGAAUUUCACAAAGUGCAUAUUAACUCCAUCGGUUUGUUACAUUUAUCUUUCAGAGACACAGAUAAAGGAGAUACGAAACCCAUACAUAAUAGGUUUAAGUCUGAUGAUGCUUUGGACAGGUAUUGUAUGCGAUUUUCACGUAUGCCAUAACUAUUAAACAUAAAUUGCUUCAUAUUAUCUCUGCAGGUAUUAACACAGGUUUAACAAAUUCAACACAAACUGCUUUAGGAGUUCUUUUUAGUAAGCAAUAUAUGCUGCCCUGUACUCCUCAGGUAAUAAAACCCAUUCAUGCAUACCCUUAAUAGUUGAUGUAGGUGAAAGGAGUACAACCUAUUUAGCAGAAAUGUGGGAUGUUAGAGCUUAGAUUUGAACAUUUUAACACGAAUAUCAUUAAAGGGAUGCUACAGUGUCAGGAUUACAAACGUAUUUCUAACACUAUAGUUCCCCCUGCCCUUUCGUAUCCCUCCCCGGCCAAUAAAAGCCCACCUGAUCUCAGCGCUCUGCCUCCUCCAAAGUAAGCUGAAGUGGGGAGAGGCUAAUGCACAUGCACUGUGAAUGUAGCGAGUGCAUUAGGUAAUUAGGUAAUUUUACAACUGGGGUCUACCCAUUCCCCACCCCUGCAGUAGUAAUGCAUUGAUUAUCACAUCAGCAGUUGAAUGGCUUAUCCUCAGUCAAUAAUUAUAGAGUCCAUAUAUGUUACUAAUUGAUAAUAAAAUAGAUGUGAAAUGAGUGCUAUAUAAACUGUACAAUUUUCUUUGCCUAUAAGUACUUUAGAGCUAUAUCCAUAAUGACUAGUGGCCUGAUGUGUCCAUUUUCUGAAAUUCUAAUUGUAUAAUAAUAAAAUCUCUAGCACGAAUGGUAAGUAUGAAGUAUGAAAGUAUCCCUUUAAGUAAAGUAAUGGUGGAAAAAACUGCUGGAUUCUGCUUCCUUAAUAAAACUAUUGUAGUAUUUUGUCUUAAAAUGCAUUCGUAAUUUGGUGUAUGCAUGUUGACAAAAAAUAUUAACAACAUUGGUAAUACACUGUGUUUAUAUGGAAGCAUGAGUAUCUUUUCAUGCAUGCUGUUGUAUUUAUCUAAUUCAAUAUCACUAAUAAUUAAUUGUAUUAAUAAUUGUUCAAUUAACGUACUGAUGUUUAAAAUAUCCUGAGAAAUACAUUUAAAAUAGGUAUCCAUAUUUCCCCUUAAAAAAAAAAAAACAUACUACACAUACCACUCCUUAGAUAGCCACUGGAGAUGCUUCCUGGCUCAGCCCUGCCGUUCAGCAUCUCUGCAUGGAGACACUGAAUUUUCCUCAUAGAGAUGCAUUGAUUCAAUGCAUCUCUAUGAGGAGGUGCUGAUUGGCCAAAACUGUGUUUUAGCCAAUCCAAUGCUUUCACCAUGGGAAAGUAAUGAAUUGCAGGUGGACCUGUAGAGAGCUAAAAAUAAGGUGAGUUUUAACCCAUUCUGAGGGGGCUAUAGGAGGGGCGGGGGAGAGGGUAAGCCACCUAAAUGGUGGGUUUUCACUAUAGGGUCAGGAAUACAUGUUUGUGUUCCUGACCCUAUAGUGAUCCUUUAAAAAUAUUUGCCUUGACAUGAAGGCCCUAUAGCAUAUAUGUCUCCCAUUAAGGUCUUCUGGUCAUUCAAAGUUAACAUUAACAUAAAUCACAGCUUAACAUUCAAUUAUUAUUAGUAUAAUAAUUAUUAGCAGUUAUGUAGUGCCAACAUUUUCUACAGUGCUUUACAGUUAGAUAAUGGAGAGAUCUGAAGGCCCUGCUCAAAUGAUCUAACAAUCUAUAAGGAUUUUAGGUAAAUUGAUAUAUAUCAUCACGAUUCUUGCCAAAAGACACUUACUGUGUGUCUUAGAACCUUGGGCAAAGAGUCUUGCCUAUUCUUUGGCUCUAACCAGCUGGGUUAUUUACGAAAGGGAGAAUUCCAGGUGAAUUCCAAGUGAAUUCCAAGUUUAAGGUUAAAAAGUCAGCUAUACUCUUAGUUCAGCUACUCUGGCCUUCAAUUGUAAAUUCACGUUGAAUUCUCACUUUAGUGAAUAACCCUGAUAGUUGUUAUUGUGUUGUCUUUUGUGACUCAUUAUAUUGUUUUUAUGACCUUAAAGGUGCAAAGGAUAGUAAUUAUAGUAACUGUUGAAGAAGCAAUCGUAUAUUUUGUAACAUCAACACAAUCUGGUCAUUAAAGGAAGACUACGAGUACGAUAACCAUUAUAGCCUGCUAUAGUAGCGAUAAUGUCAGGAAUGUGUUAGUACCAUCCCAGAUUAAGUAGUCAAGCUGUAUAAGAAUGACACCUCCUCCUUCUCUGCAAGGUAGAUCCGCUGAAGUCUUGCAGUAUAGAGCUGCACUCAUUUGCUAAGAGUGUUUCCUGAGUACUAUCAGCCAAUAAGUAUGGUCCUACACUUCCAGGCUUAGCUCAGUGGCAGGAGACUAGUUACUCUGAGAAGGUAUAACCUUACAACAGACUGUAGUGGUUAUGUGGCUUGGAGUCUUGGAGCGUUCCUUUAAAUAUUUCACGCCGCACAAAAUGCCCUGGUUAUUUACUAUUAGCAGUUCCAUAAUGCCCUGCUCUUACUAAAUAUGUGGAACAUUCAAUGUUAGAAUAGGAUUUUAAAAGGCCAAAUUACUAUGAUUGAAUGAACUACUAAUGGUCCUUAAGAUGGAGUAGCUCUUAUUAAUAGAAUCCUACACUCAGGUUUGAUAGUGCAUCACGUAGGAUAGUUAGAAAACAUAAUUUAACAUAGCUGUUCUUUACAUAGAAUGCAAUCCAGUCCACAAUGCCAAGCUUUCUAUUUCUGUAAGAGCAAGAAAACCAAGUAAAUCACUCGACCUCUAGCUUAGAACAUAUUAUAUUACCCAAACUGCAAAAAAAAAGGAGUUAGUUUAUACAUAAGUCAGCUUUCCUAGAACAGGAAGUUGUACACUGAUAGAAGCAGAUCCAUAUUACCAGUGGGAUAAGGCAAGUUAUUUGAUAUAAAUAAGUCAGCAGGGAUUUAAAGACAAGAUCACAUUUAGGUCAUACAAAAGUAAAUAGUUUUGUAGUUGCAUACCAUGCUCAUUAAAAUAAUAAAACAAUUUUUGUUUUAAAAAAAUCUGGAGUUACUGGAAUGUUUUUCAAUCUAUUAAUGUAUCCAAUAAUGUUCUAACAUUUAUUAUAAAAUAAAUCUAUUAGGUAAUUUAAAUCUUUUACUUUUAAGUUCCCAAAUCCUUCUUUGAAAUUUUGCCCAAUUUACAUGGAGUUUUUAAUUGUACACUAUCCUCAAAUGACAGAAAAAAAAGGCAUUCAAUGAUUUAUGUAGAGAUGUAUGAUACAUAUAAUAAAAUUGUGUUUGCUUCUUCUCUUUGUUUCUAUGUUAGUGUUGUGUGUAAAUAGUACAUUGUUAUUAAAGAAGGCCAUAUUGCAUUGGUAUCUAUUUCUUCCAAGGUUUCUUUAUAAUUAUCAGCUUUUCUGUUCAUUGCAAUGUACUGCAAAUCUCCCAUCUUAGAUGUAUAUUAUAUUUUUUUCGUUUUUUUUUUUUAGCUCUCACAGAUUUGAACAAACUGCAAAAUCUGUGAUAACUGCCUUUAAAUUUGUGGUUCCAUAUUUUCCUACAGAAUCUCACUGAAACACACACCAGAAAGAGGAAAUAGAUCCGCAACUCUGGAAAGAGUUCCCAAGAGGUAGUUGGUUAAAUCUGGAAUUUUAGUAGACCAGUACCACCAUUUGUUGAUGGGGGGGUGGAGGGUUGCAGGUUACAAAUUUUUAUUGCUGUAGAUAUUGAAAUCAGAAAAAUAUUAUCAAAUUUACUGCUAUUAGUGAGCCAAAAUGUGGGCUGUAAAAAUAGUUGAGAUAGUUUGAAAUGUGUUCAAAUUAACAAUUGUAAUGAUCUAUCAAACUGUCAAACCGCUAAUGGUUUAACUACAAUUUACAGUUUAGGAACUAAUUCUUCAAAGUAUUGGAUGCAGUUAUUAGGAGAGAAAACACAAAAUAAGGAGAUUAUUUAUUGUCAUAUUAUAAUAUGAGAAAUCGUAUUGAAUACAAUGCUAGUGCUUAAUAAAGAAUAAUAACUAAUAAUAAAUGGAGAGAGGAAUGUUAUGCUAUUAUAAUGAAAUAGAUUUAUCAGAGAGAAAAUCUCAGUUUAGUGACUUGAAACUAUUUCAAUGUUCCAAGAAAGAACGGAAUUAUCUUUACAUGUUGCAAGAUUCCCUGAGCUGAUUCUGCAGUACACUCCUGUAAAAAUAAAAUACCUUUGUUACUUCUAUAAAAUCUUGCUCAAGCGGUUAUGAACUAAAUAACCAACUGUACUUCCUGUUUUCAGAAGCAAAUUCCAUAACACUCCCUUCUAGGCAAAUAUCUUAACCAUUUAUGGCCCAUUGGAUACAAUUUGCUAAAAUCUUAGGUCCCUGAAUAUUAUGAAAAAAACAAUGAAGUCCUAGUGUAAUUAAUAUAAUAAUAUAUGUUAUCAAUAUUCAAUAUAUAUUUUAAUAUAGUUAACAUGUCACAUAAUAAUAUAUGUUUCAAUGUCAUCAUAUGCCUCAGCACAGUACAAUGGGGAGAUAAAAUAGCAAAUGAAUGCCAAACUAAUUACGGUGAACAUAAGCAAGGUCUAAAAAAGGGUCCUGAAACACAAAAUGUAUCAUCACAAACAAAACAAAAAACACUUUUCUGUGCCUUGCAUAAUAUAACAGCAGUAGUCACUUAACUUCAUAUUACAUGAGGUUGUUAUUAUCCACCAAUUACUUGUAUGCUUGCCGUGAUUAUUAUUAUCAAAGGAGUCAUAGGGCAUGAAUUACAACAAUAAAUCAAUAAAAAGUAAUACACAAGAUAAUAAAAGUAUUGCAGUAAACGGUAACUUUUUUUGUAGUAGAAAAGUGAACAAGGUAUUCAGGUGUCCAUCAAUAAGUGAACACAGUGGGGGUUAUGGUGGAAAAGGUACUUCUGGGUAUUUAUGUUAUUGUAGUUCAUUGAUGAAACAUUAGCAAAUGCUUUAGAUUCAUUGGUUUAAAGAUGGCGAAGGGGUGGGUAAAGGACAGUCAAGAAUAUUGUGGCAGUAAGUACCAGAGAAACAGGGCAGUUACGGAUGAACCUCAAGUUUAACCCCUUAAGGACACAUGACAUGUCAUGAUUCCCUUUUGUUCCAGACGUUUGGUCCUUAAGGGGUUAAAGAGGGAAUAUUUGAUGAAAAAAGUAGAGAUCAAUAGAAUUGCUGGAGGGGUUUUGCAAAGACUUUUUUUUUUCAUUCUUAAAGAAAUGUUAGCUAAUUAUGGGUUUAUGAAGGGGAGACGGAAAACAGCAAUGACUUAAAUAAAAAAAAAUCUGAGCAGUCACAUUAGGAAUUAAUUGGAGUUACAGUAGAGAAGGUAUGAGAGGAUAAUGGCAUGUACUAAAGUUGAGAAAUUAACAGAUUUAAGAGAUAUCUUAGUUGGAGAAAACAGGUCCAAAUAUAGAAAGUGAGAUUGAAGGAGAGGGAAUAGUCAAUAAAGACACCAAGUUAUUGAGCUAGAUUAGUUGGUGAUAUCAUAAUGUUGUAAUGGUAAACAAGAGAAGUUGAAAAAAAGAAUAAAAGUGGUUAUUAAAGCACAGGAAGUUAAUUAUGAGAUUAUGUAUAAUUCUCUCAUAUAAUUACAUGCAGAAUGAAGAAGGGGAGGGGAUGGUAGAAGACAUUUUUAUGUUAGGAUGUAUAGCAUAAUAGUAACUUUGAAAGAAGGUGGGGAUGUUAAUGUGGAUAAAAUGAGGUUAACAAGAUGCAUAAAUGAUGACUCUUGUGUGGAAAAUAGUAUGUUAAGGAGACAUCAGUGGGUAGCGCCAAAAGGUAAGGUUGUUAAAGAUAACGAGGAAUGGAAGGUGGAGUGAUGAAAAAGGGCAGACACAGUUUGAAAAGAGGAAAUUAUUCUGCUGAUGUUGUAGAUUUUGUCAUUUAUGAAUCUGGGCAAGAGCUUGAGCACUGGAUGGGAAACAUGAAACUAUCACCAUGGAAACCAAUAAACCGCUCCUGCUAAUUUUUACACUUUUAGUUUGUUGCCCAUGAAUUGCUAUUUUGUAUUUAACCAACCAUAUAAUUUACUUGUACCAGUAGCUAAGCCAAACGAAUAUGUGAACAGCACUUUUCAUUGAACAGUUUGUCCUGUAAUUAUACAAGCAAAAUGCAGUAUUGCUGCAACACAACAUUAGGUUAUCACCAGGAUACCCAGUCUCCUGAUUCCCCAAUAGGUUAGCUCUCACUUUGCAUGGACUUAUUGGACUUAUAAGAUUAACACACCUGUUACAAGUCUUUGAUGUCCAAACAGAUUAUGUCUUGUUUGUUUUACGUUUGCAUGUUUCAGUAACUUCUUUUUCUAACCAAGCAUCAAUACACAUACUCACAAUCUAAACAGAGUGUGGAUUAUUGUACUAAUUUGUAACAUAUGCCCACCUUUUAAAUGAAUGUGUUAUACUGAUUUCAAAUGAAUGUGUUAUACUAAGGGGUAGUAAACCCAUAUCUAUGGCAAAGACGGAGCUACGUUGCUAUUGCUGUGAAAAUAAAUAAUUCUGGGAUGUUAUUUUUCUUUUUCAUGUGCAGCGAUGAAUCUGAUGGUAAAAGGUAAUAAUUUAUUCAACUAAACUUCCAAUGAGUUAAACAUGUCUGUCUGUUAUUUGCUAGUUUUGUACAAAUUAAGGUAAUAAUUACCAUGUAUGACCAAUUAUUUAAUUCCGCUGAUCGCUAUUUUAUUAUUGUACAUUUUUAAAAUGAAAAGUACAUGCUGAUAUUUUUUUAUUUGUUCUCUAUUGGUGACAAAGUGCUUCAAAUUCUUUAAUCUCAAAGUGGCUUACUAUCUUACUCUUUGAAUAAACACAGUUUCUCUGGGUGUUUAAUUAACCUUCAAAUGUGCACAACUCAAUUUUCUUACAUAUAUAUAUAUAUAUAUAUAUAUAUAUAUAAUAACUGAUUGUAUUUAUAACAUUCAUAACUAAGUAUAGCAGUCUUCAUGUGAUCACAUCACUAUUAAUAUUAUUAUCAUUAACAGGCAGUCAUGGUCUCCUGGAAACAGAACAGCAUCUACAACUACAACUACAACUACAGAGGAAAACAAAAGGUAUUUUUUUUUAUCACAAAUAAUGAUAGUCAUACAAAAGCGCUAUGUUUCACUGUAAUUUGUAAACUUUCCAGGUAUGGGUGAUCAGUAUAUUAUGUCAGGAAGCAAGUUUUUAUUUUACAUAAAGAAUCUCUGUUUUAGACUGAUGUUUCAGGUGCAAGACAGUUCGGAAGCAAGAUGAGGAGAGUGGAGGCAGGAAAAAGAGAGUUUGUGCUAUUCUUCAUGUUUUGACUUGCAAAUGAAGCUGGGCAUACAUUGAACUGACAAAGACCAACUAAACCUUAAUACAUGGUACCUGAUGCUCCAUGUUAUAUACAUUGAUAUUUACUGCAAUGCACUGUCCUUUUUUUAAUAUAUAUUAACAUGUAGAAGAAGAUGAAAAAUUCAGAAGUGAAUUCUUUGUAAGCCGACUUCUAUCACUUUUUUAUUUAUUUUUUUUAGUAAUUUUACUCAGUAAAUUUAUGCAUUUCAGAUUAAUCACCAAUGUAAGAGAUUACAGUUAGUAUGUUAUCAUGUGCUUACUCUCCAUGUAUGGCAUGAUUGCAAAGAAUAAAGGACAGCCCUUUUAACUUCAGACCCACAGCUCACAGAUAUUAUUACAAAACAUAUUGAAAACACACUGACACAAUAUUAUCGAUUUCCUUGAACCUCCACUGAAGAGAUACUAGAAGAGUUUACAUGCAGUUCUUAUAGCCUGCUAAACAUUGCAGAGUUUUGCAUCUAUUUCAGAUAAGUGUACCAAAAGUGGGUACUGCGUGGGUACUCAAUUGGCAGCUGGAAGCACAAGCAGGGAUGUAUUUACCACAAGGCAAACAAGGCAUUUGCGUAGGGCGGCACUUUCAAGGGGGUGGGGGGUGCCAUAAAAUGUCACCCCGAGCUUCCAGACAAAUGCCUUGUUUGCCUCGUGUUCUGGGGCUGUCCACCUUACUGUAAGUGAGUGAGUGAGUGUCAGUGUGUGUCUGUGAGUGAGAAUGGGUAUGCCUGUGAGUGUGUGUCAGUGUGUGUAUGUCAUUUUAUGUGUAUCUGAGAGUGUGUGCCUGUCAGUGAGUGGGUGUGUCAGUGUGUGUCUGUCAGUGAAAGUGUGUGUUGGUUAAACAGUGUGUGCCAAUGACUGUAUGUGUGUGCCAAUGACUGUGUAUCUGUCAGUGAGUGUACAUCAGUGCAUGUAUCAACGAGGGCAUGUGUCUGUCAGUCAAAAAAAUGGCCUUGACACGAAUUGGGGAGGCAAAUUUAGAUUUUGGGGGUGCCCAAAUUUAGUCGUGCCUAGGGCAGCACAAAUCCAAAAUACACCACUGAGCACAAGUAGAGGCCUAUUAAAUGUAAUCUCUAGGUAACAACCCUUUUUGAGUUGCCUCAGUAGAAUCACAUAGGUUAUAUACAAAGAGGGCUUUCCUGAAACAGCAAGCUAGGGGGCAUUAAAGGAACACUAUAGUCACCCAGACCACUUCAUCUCAAUGCAGUGGUCUGGGUGCAGCAUCCCUGUCCCUUUAAUCCUUUAACCCUGUAAUGUAAAACUUUGCAGUUAAGAAACUGCAUUGUUUACAUUGCAAUGUUAAGUUCACCUCUAGUGGCUGUUAGUAUAAGAGCCAAUAGAGGCGCUUCCGCUACACUGACACGGAGUAAAACUCUGUCAUGUGACAGACACUCCCCAUACAAAGGCAUUAUGUUAAUCAUUUCCUAAGUGAAUGUUUGAAUGAGUAGGUGGCCCUCGCUGCACAUGGGCCAUAGCUCCUCUGUGAGAUAGUUAUUGACUUCUCUGUGGCAACACCAGGGUAGAAGUGGCAAGCAGCCUUGGCGCUGGAUCAAGGUCAGUAAAAAUGGUCUUUCACCCAUUCUUUGCCAAAUACCUAAUACUACUAGGGACAAGAACUCUGUAACGUUAACAAUACAGAUUUGUAUUGUUUCUUUAACUGUGUACUUCGGGAAAAGGAUUUUUCUCUGAAAGACCAGUACCUGUAGUUUCCAUUUUAUUAACCUCUGCAGCACAUUUUCUGGGGUAAUGGAAAAAGAAACUGUUAUACCCGGGGAAGUGACAGCUACAUUUUAAUGUGAUAAGAUCUGCUACAAUUGUUGAGAUCGUAUAACUUGCUGUGCUUGUGGUGGUCUAAGAUCAGCUUUUAUAAUGUUUGUUCUUAUGUUUUUCUUGGUGGCCAUUUUGGCCGUUUGUUUAUGAAUUUGACAUUAAUAUAAAUAUCUCAAAGCCUGAAAUUUAUCCUAAGCAAGACCCUAGUUAUAUUUUUCCAUAGAACAUUACCUAACAAAGUGUUUUGUCACACUAAUUGUAAUGUAUUAUUGUAUGUCCACAUCAUGAUACAUUAAUAUGGAUGACUAUUAAACCCAUAAGAUUACUUGAAGCGUUAAUUAUAUCAUUAAAUGCUCACUACAAUCAUUAUAGCACUAUUAGCAACUUUUAAUUUUAACAUAAUACAUUGACAUUAAUAAGUUGCUGCUUAAUACAUAUACCUUACAAGUUAUAUGAGGAUUCUUUGAAAAUUAAUACUGUUAAAUUAAGUUCUCAUGUGUAGAUUGUUUUUGAAAAGGGUAUUCUUCAGUUGUUAAUUUCAUGUACAAUUCUAGUACGAAUUAAGUAAUUAUCACAUAUUAAAUAAAUCAUAUAGACUCAUAGUUUAAUGGGUUAUAUAUAUGUAAAAAUAUCUCUUUAUGAGAUGCAGAUCAUAUGCAAUAAAUAUUCCAGUCAAUCGCUACUGUAAUAUCCAAUAUAUGGAGUGUACUAUUUACCACAGUGCCUAUGUCAACUGUAUGACCUUGGAGACUAACCUUCCUUGUCAAUAUGAACCACUUAAUAAAUCUAUACAGCUCUUACACCAUUAAUAUUUUAGGCAAGGGAAGGAAAUUCCAGAUGGGUCAUUGCUAGAUAUCCUCUUGUAAGUCAUACAUUUUUCUAAAAAAAAAUAUGAGAUGUAUUUUUAUAGCUACUCAAAUUGGAAGCACCAUCAAUUUUUCCAUUGCUGAGAUAUAGUUGUUUAGUAUAGGAUGUAUCAAGUAAUUUAAACCUUCACAAUACACUUUGCUUUAAGUUGCCAAAAGCACAUAUGUCUGGGAUAUUCAAGAACUAUCACAUUUUACUGUGUGGCUCUCAAGAGACUCAAUUCUUGUAACGUAGUAUUACUAGAAUACAUUAAGGAGAUUCAAGCUAAAAAAAGAACCAGUCGGAAUUAGAGUAAUAGGAGAUGUAUAUAUUCGUCUUAGGAACCUCUGGGCUGAAGGGUAACCAAAUCUCUGAGAUCUUCCAGUGGGGAAACCGUAAGGGUUUAUUCAUUAAACAGUGUAAAAACUGAUUUGUAAACUUCAAGGUAAAAUUACUAAGCUAUGACUAUGGAUGAGGUGGUGAAUGUUGACCUACAUUUUGCUAUUUGGUUUUCAACUCACUACAAUUCUAGAAUCAGUGAGCAAAACCAGUAGUGGUGGUAUUGACAUUUUAACGUCUCUCUUGGUUCAGGCUGUGUCUGAACAAUUACUGAUAUUUAGCACUAACUGCAUGACACAUUGGGAUAAAGACAGCCAGGAAGUAUAUAUAUAUAUUUAUUUUUUUAACCUUAUUAUAUAGCAAAGCAACAUAAUCUGACAACUCCCAUGCUUAUCUCUUGUGUAAAGGUAAUAUUUAUGACAUAUUUUUAUUACAAAUAUAAAAUAGAAUAUAUGAAAUUUGGAUGUAUGUCUGCGCCUUAAAAAUAUAUGUUAAUUACUAUAACAGAUUAUCGUAAUGCUACAAAAAUCACACAAACCUGUUUAUUAUGGUAUUUUGCCAGUAGCCCCAAGCCAUUCAUUAGUGGCCAACCAAUUAAUGUCAUCUCUAUCUAUAGACAGAAUGAUGCAAAGAAGAGAAAAUAACCAGGAAGAAAUCACCACCCUUUGUAAUAAGUGGAUAGUUAUCCGAAUUAUGUGACAUUUGUCAUUGGCUUAUUAUGACCCUUAUUAAGAUGUGAUUGGCUUGUUAUGUGCUUUAUUACAAGUCUUAUUUUUCUGGUAGACUGCACCAGCCAGAAAAGUAUGUUAGUCACUAGUGUAUCAUCAAUGGUUGUACGUCAUUGCUUGCAUAGUUGCAUUAGUAUGCAAGUUAAAGCACUCUUAUUGAACAAUCAUUUCAAUUACCAGAAUAACAUUUUACUCUGUGCCAAGAAGCCUAACUAAUCAUUUCUUUAUGACAUAAGUGUAGUUUGAGACUUACAGAGAAAUUGUGUUCUGAUAGUGACAUUAUAGUCAAAGAGGCUAUCUGUGAUUAUAGUAGUAAUCACUUGAACAUUCAUUGGGGGAAAAUGAUUACUAUUUCCUUAUGAAUGGGAAUUUGAAAAAAAAAUGAAGUGUCCACAUAUCCAAGUGCCAAACUACAAAGUUAGAGUUAUGUUUGCUGGAAGAACCAUUGCAGGAUGCAGGAUGCUAGUUAAAAAGAAAACAGACAUCCAAUCAACAACAGAACAAACUGUAAAAAAGUAGUUUAAUAACAAGUUUCACUAAGCAAUGAAAUACAGGUAAUUGGAAAAAAAGUGCUUGAUUUUUGGCAAAAAUUGCUAAUGUUAAAGAAUAAUUUUGAUCCACUAUGGUCCCAGGUGGUUAUUUUAAUGUAAGUUUUGGAGAUAGUUUUUUUCAAUUUGCUACAAUUCAGGGUGUUAUUUUAUUAUUAUUAUUUAUAUAGCGCCAGCUUAUUCUGCAGCGCUUUACAAUAAAAGGGGAAUUUAGCAAAAGAGACAAUAACAAAGUGUAACAGGAACAAUAGGUAUUUGAGGACCCUGUUCAAACGAGCUUACAGUCUAGAGGAGGUGGGGUAUAAAAACACAAUAGGAAGGGUAUUGAGAGGAAUAGCAAAUAGACGUGGUAGGAAAAUAGCAGAACUGGAAGUGAGAGUGGAGUGUGGCCCUUUAGGAGAGAGCAAGAGGAAGGUUUCGGAGAUAGAAGUUACUCUUGGAGGCCCUAAGCAUUCCUGAAAAGAUGGGUUUUGAGAGCCUUCUUAAAGGAUUGAAGACUAGGGUCUGACAGGGGUAGGCAGGCUAUUCCAAAGGAAGGGAGCUGCCCGUGUGUCUUGCAGGUGGGAAUUUGCAUUAAGGGUACGAUCAGCAGACAGGAGAAGGUCACCAGUAGAGUGGAGAGACCGAGAGGGGACAUACCUAUGAAUCAUUGAAGAAAUGUAAGAGGGGCUAGAGUUGGUAAGAGCUUUAUAGGUUAGGGUUAGUAUUUUGAAUUGACACCUAUAGGGUACCAGAAUCCAGUGUAAGGAUUGACAGAGGGGUGAGGUGUGAGAGGAGAGACAGGAGAGAAAGAUCAGCCUUGCCAGUUAUUCACUAAAAUAUAAAUGGCUCUUAAAUCAAAACUGUAAGACUUUAAAUGGGGCCAUUUGGAUUGCAAAAUUCAGACAUUGUUUAUACUAUUGAGCAAUGUCUCAAUUUCACAAUUCAGGCCCUGAACGGACUGUACACUGCCAAAUGGAUAAUAUCUGGGUCUGGAUUUGAAAAAAUUCCCAACUAUUUGCUCUCCAGCAGUGCUAUAGUUAUAGUGGUGGUUAAAACUAGACAGCAAGCUGAUCUGGGGUCUGGAGUGUCAUUUUAAAUACACAUCAAGAGUUCCUGGAAGAUAUGUCAUUUGUUAGUUAAAUAGGCCACAAGCCUCACAUCCCUCCAGCUGGCACCAAGUGAUUUGGGUGCCUUAUUAUGGUUUCGGAGCAGAGACCCUUACAUAAGUAAUCCUGAAAGGCUACUGAAUGCUUAGAUGCUUGAGUGCUUAGAAAGUGAAGCAGAAUUGUGGUUCAGAAAACAAAAUCCCUAGGAACACCAAACUAUCCUACAUUUUAAUUUAUAUAGAUCUAAACCUAAAUAAAUGAAUUCAAGGGGUAUUAUUAUUGUUAUUGUAUUGUUCUAGUUGACCUUUUAAUGAUGAGAGAUAAAAUCAGGCCAUUCCCCUAACUAGUGCAGAAUUUCCACCUACCUAAUAAUGAUUUAUUAAUGUAUAUCUGAUUAAAACACUUUUUAAAUCAAAAUAUUACAUGUAAGUCUGUAGAGGGGGCUAGGGAGAUAUGCUCAUAAUUUAGAAAUGAGCCAUUGGAUAAAGUGGCUUCAAAAGCAAGGGAGGGUUUGUUGAGGCUUGAUGCUCCCUACAUCAUUUUGGUCUGUCAGAAAUGGGAAAAUGAUCUUAACAGCCCUUAGUAGAGAAGAGUGAUGCUCCAUACUUUUAAAAACUUGUAAACUGUGUGAGGUUUUUCUCAAAGUUUUGAACAGAUGAUACUUUGCCCCAUCUAGGCUGGUUUAAAUGUACAAUUCAUUCUUGCCAAUUUGCGUUUCUAAAGAGGCAGGCUUAUGGUGCAGCAUUCUGCAAAACAUCUAUUUUUUAUGUAAAAAAAACUAUAAAGAAUGAAUCAUGCAAAAUAUAAAGCACCUUAAUAAGGAUAAAGCCUUCUAAAUGCAUUAAAGGAACACCGUGGCAUAAGGAAUACAUAUCUGUAUUCCUAACGCUACAUCCCUGUUUCACCUUGUGAAUAAAAAAAUAAAUAAAUAAAGCUAAAAUAAAGUAAAAAUAAACAAAUUACUCACCUUUUCACUAGUAGUGAGUCUUCCUUGGCGUUGCUGCAACCUCUUCCUUGGGUUGGGUCAUCCUGGAGGCAUGCCUCUAAGAUGAUAAGCUAACCCAAUGCUACUCAUAUUAAUGGGGACUGUAGGCACAUGCGCAGUGCUCAUUGCAAUGUGCCUAUGAUUCCUACACAGAGCAUCAUUGUAUGCUCCAAGCCUUCUAAUUACGUAAGUUUAAUAUUGGGUUUUGGGGGGCAGGACAAGGUAGCCAGCACUGAAGGCACUAUAAAAACAUCAAUAAGAUGAAGUUAUUAAAGUGCCUUCAAUAUUCCUUUCAUUAUAAAAAAAAAUAUAUAAAAAUAAAAAAAUGGCACAACUAACUACCUAACCAUAUCAUUAGCAUGUAGGUACAUCUGUUUAAAACCAGGGUACCACUCAGGGAAAUUGUUCUUGGCUUUAUUGAUUUAUCUUAUGUCUGGCAAUGUUACCAAAAGACCAGAUUUCCUCUCAAAGAAACACUUUAAUCAUCAAAACCACUACAGCUUAAUGUAGUAGUUUUGGUGUCCAUAGCUAGCUUUCUCUGCAGGCUUUUAAUGUAAACGCUAUCUUUUCAGACAAAAGGCAGUGUUUACAUUGGUACCUAGUAACACCUCUAAUAGCAGUCACUAAGACAGCCACUAGAGGUGCUUCCUGGGUCAGUGCUGCACAAUGUGCAGAGUCUCAUCGCUCUGCAUUAAUGAUUCAAUUGCAUCUCUAUUCAUUGCGUGGAUGUGCAAUAGCCUACCUAUAGCAAAUCAUUAAGAUUCUUGAGAUGGAGAUGGAGCAAGGCAGGACCAGCGGCAGCAAGACAGGCAUGGCGUGGGAAAAAAGAUAAUACACUCACAUUUUCACUGCUCUGACAUGGGGGCAAGGACCUAAAUUGCCACAUAAGCAAUAUAGUGUCAGAAAUACAUGUUUGUAUUCCUGAUACUAUAGUGUUCCUUUAAUUAGUAUAACUGAAACUAAGUAUUGUUUAAAGGUAAUAAAAACGUAUACCUUAUACACUAGGUGUUUGUUCUUAAAUGAAUUGAACAGUAGCUGCAUGAAUCACUGUUUGUACUGGAUGUUAACAGUUUUUUUUGGCAUUAUGUCUCGCAUUGUACUUAUUUUGCACAAAAACAUGAAUGCACACAGUGUUCUGAGCAAAGAGUAUUACUGCUGUGUUUAAUAAUGUUUGUAUUCCUGACACUAAAGUGUUUCUUUAAUUAAUAUAAAUGAAGUUAAGUAUUGUUUAAAGGCAAUAUAGACAUAUUUAUUUUAGGGGAAUAUUUUCACUAUAAACACCUUAUACAUUUGGCAAUAUUUUUGUUUUUAAAUUAAUUGAACAAUAGCUGUAUGAAUCACCGUUUGUACUGGGUGUUAACAUUUUUUUUUGGCAUUAUGUCUCGCAUUGUACUUAUACUGCAAAAAAACAUGAAUGUGCACAGUGUUCUGUGCAAAAGGUAUUGCUGCUGUGUUUCAUUUUAAUACAAUGAUAAUGAGCCAUAGGCAUAAGCCAUGUUACAUUAAAUGGACAGCAGUCUAUGAACCUACCACUGGGAGGAAUUAUUAAUAAUUUCACACUAAAAUAGUUGUUUGGAAUGUGAAUUAUAUUCUAUUGUAAUGAAAAACAAACUAGACACAUUUAUGCAAACAUUUAAUUUUUUCCACUAUAUGCUUUACCUGCAGUGAGAAUUUCACUAAGUUGGAGCUGUGUGAGUGCUUAAAGGAACAUUCUAAGUACAAAAAUACUACAGCUUCAUGUUUCGGAGAAUGUUUACAUUUGUUCAAAAACAUCCCACUCUUGACUCUCAGUAGUUACGAACUAGAGGCUCUACAUCCUUAAAACCUUUUUAUUUUUGAAGGUCUUUAUGACCUUGAACAUAGCUAAUGCUUUUCAUAUGGAAGCAAUGGACUCAGUACUGGUUUGGAGAACAUAAUUGCCACACUUGUGUUUUAAGUUCUCAGUACUUCUCUAUAAGAGGCAUCUGGUGAUCUCUUCAGGCAUGAAUUGGGCUGGUGAGAAGAAUGCAUUUAGACAAUAUAUGGUUAAUUUAACCAAUUAAGGACCACAUAGCGGUCUGGACCAUCAUUCAGUACAGAGCAGCCCCAGGUAUCUUUCAAUACCCGGGGGUCCCCUCUGUUAGUGUGCUUAGACUGACAGAUGAGCUACAUGCAGAAUUCAAAGUGAAAGCUGCUCAUAGAUAUUUGAAUACCACGGCUGAGUGGUCCUGCUCAGCCACAAUGUUUCUAUCAGUGCCCUCUGCCCCUGGCAUUGAAAAAGGGACUCCCAGUUAUCUUUCAGUUGGGGCCACAGUUAUUGGCCCCAGACUGAUAGCAGAGCUAUGAGCAGAACUGCUGUGGGAAAGUUAAAAAUGAUAUUGUCUCGUCUGCAUGGCCCUGGGGGGGGGGUGGGGGUGGGAGGGCCUCCCUGCUUGCCCCCUGCUGUAGGAUCGGUGCCGGGCUUUGCCAAUAGAAUCAUUGUUUUAUUUUUGCUUUUUACACUUUCUCAAUGUUGAUUGCCUGGUGCAAAGGACAGAGCUUAUGACAGUGAUUGACAGGGAGCUAAGAUGGAGGCGCUAAGUUGCAGGACAAAGAGGUGUAGGUUUUGCAUUUGUUUUCAAACCUAAGAAAUACAUUUUUGUUAAAUAUAUGGCUAAUUACACAUACUAUUAAAAAUCCUGGGAAACCAAAGUUCCUCAUUCACUUUUCAAAAUUCUUUAGCUUGUGCAUAAUCACAACGAUUUUAGUCUGAAUUUUAUAGUUUGGUUUUCAAAUCAAUGUUUAUUGAGCACUAACACAUUGCACUACAAUGUACAGUUAUAUGUAUCUUUCAUUGUAAUCUUAAAUAUGUUUAACCAAAUGAUUAGUGUAGAACAGGGGAAAUCACUCUUAAACAAAACUAGAUAUUUAUAUUAAUUGUUGUAUUUUAAUUACAGGCAAUCCUGGGCUCCAUCUAACAGAACCAGCAUCACAACCACGGAAACUAAACGGUAUUUUUUGAUAUCAUUUAUUUUCUUUUUGCAAAAAGUGUAUACUCUUUAGGUUUUAUGAUAACCCGUAUAUUAUUACACAGGUCUGUAGAGCAUUAUAUAAUACAUGUGAGAAUAAUUAUCAAUUGCAGUUUGAAGAAUCUAAUCAGAAACACAAUAUUUCAAUAAAACUUCAUAUUUUUCUUGCAGCAGUGAGCAUCAUCAGACUUUGCACGUGCACAAUAAAUCACACAUUAUUGUAUAUGAAACAAAAAUGAAUUGCACUUGAAACAUAAUGUCCUCUAAAUGAUUAAUUUAAUACAAACUGUCUAUUUCAUAACUGUGACUUUUAUAUGUGUUUACAUAAAAAAAAAAAAAAGAAACUGUCAAGGAAGUGUCAUAAAAUGUGUCCCAGAGUGUUGCAAGUGUGGGACAGGAUGCUUCUGGUGUUGCAUAUGUGAGGAGGCUUGUUGUAUUGUUGUAUUUGGGAUAUUGUUUUGCUGUUGCAUGUGUAAGGUGAGGCUAAUUGUAGUGUUACAUGCAUUGAGGGGGCUGCUUGUGGUAAAGUAAGUGUGGGGGAGGCAUUUUGUUGUGUAUUAUGUGUUGGGGAAGCUGCUUGUUUGGUUGAAAGUGUGGAUUGAGACUGAACGUGCUUUUGCACGUGAGAGGUAGACAUUUGAAUGUAAGUGGAGGGGAGUUUAUGUGGUGUGCCUGUGAGUGGAGGGCUAUGUUUGUAGUGUGUGUGGAUAGAGGCUGUUUGUAGUGUGUGCUUUAGUGUUCCUUGGUUGUGUUGUUUGUAAUGUGUAUGUGAGUGGCGGUAGGCGGUGGCUCUUUGUAGUCUGUGUUUCUGUGUGUGUGGAGCGGGGUGUUUGUGGUGCGUUUUUUUCUGAAAGAUUAGAGUAGGCUGUUUAUAGUGUCUUGUUUCUGUGUGUGUGGUGGGUUGUUUUUGGUGUGGGUGUGUUUGGAUCAUGCUGUCUCUAGUGUGUGUGUGUAUGUGUAUAUAUGCUGUAUUCUCAACUGUUAUAAUCAAUUCAAGUAGUGGAUACACUAUCACCUACUGAAUGUGUAUACAUUAGUAUUUCGAUAUACUAUUUUGUAAUUAUACAUAUGUAAUUUUGAACCCUUACUGAUAGUAGUGAAUGGCUUUACUUGAGGUGUUGAGCCUAGUUAUUUUACAAAGGAAGUGAAUAUUUUAGCGCUAACAGUGUUGCAUUUUAUAUUGUUUCAUUUUGCACUGGUAAGAAAGUGUUAUGUUAUAGCUGCUAUUAAGGAAUGGGUUUAUUUGUUUAGAAUUAUUUGGUGUUAUUUUUAAUUCACACUUAGAGAAGCCUUUGAAUGGAGAAUUUAACCGGCUUAGAGUGCAUGCUCAAGAAAGGGAGUUAGGGAAAAUAGAAGGAUGGGGGCGGGAUAUAAAAAAUAUGUAUUAACAAAGGGGAGGAGGGAGGCGUGGAGUUCUAUACUCAGUGUGGGAGAGAUCGCAAACAAGAACGUCCCCAUGCAAUCACAGAUUGAAAUUAGGCUCAACACCCGAAGCAAAGCCCGAAACAGAGUUCUAAGCUGCCAGAGUCACAUGUGACAAGGGUGUAACUAGCCCCCAGUCCUAAUUGCCAAUAACCCUAGAUGUGCAAUGUUUGAAGCUGAUGCACUGCACAUCCAGACUCCUACCCCCAUGAUCAACUCAAGAAGCAGACAUGGUAAUAGUGGUUGGAGUAACUAACCCCUUAAGAUAAUUACAUUCACAAUUACCAUGGGAUGGCGAUAGGGCAUUAUGGUUUGCUGUAAUUGUCGUGGUGUUUGGAGUGGUCCUUUAAUUAAAGCUGUACAGUUUGUUGACCAAGUAUCUUCUCACUGUCCACAAUCAUGAAUACUGAAGAGAGAAUAUUAACCAUAUGAGGGCUAGGUAUAUCCAAACAUGUCAAGUAAGAUGGACAAAGACAUAUGAACAUUAAAUAAGAUCCAUCCAAUUUUCUAUUCAUCCAUCCUCCCUCACUUAUCCAAUCACUCUAAUAUGUACACUGAGCAACCUUUAUUAUUACAUAAUGAAUACUACUCAAUAAGUGGAUGCAAAUAAUUAACUAUCACAUAUUUUAUAUAAGAUCAUCUCGAAAAACCUGCUUUUGAUUACAUGUAGCCUCCAUAUGCAGAUAAUGGUCUCUCCAUCCACAAAAAUGAGAAACUGAGAAAUUAGGUAAUGGUUAAUUAAGUCCAGUUUGGCAUUUCAUUGUUAAUCUUGUUCAUUUCAUAACAUUUUAUAUGCUUGUUUAUAUGCUUGUUUACAGAAGUUCCCUGCCAACCAAGCAAGAAGGACAAAAAAUGUGGGCAUUUUAUUACAUUUAUUAUCUUCUAUUUACUUACAAGAAAUCCCUCUCUUGAUUGCGUGCAAUACUGCGCAAAGACAUCAGAUGCUUUGUUACACAUGGCACCUACAUCCACUGUUAUAUAAGCAAAUUCAUAUAUGAUCACUGUGUUUAGCAAGUGUCCAGUCACAAAUGCACACCCUAAAGCCUUCAGUUAGGCAAUGGACUUUAAAAAUCAAUAACAUAAUACAGUUUUACAAUAUCUUUUUGUAGACAUUGUUUAAAAGUAAAGGCUUGUAUAAAUGCCAAUUAAAUAUUGUACAACCAAUUCCAUAAGACAUCUCACAUUGAUAAAUACAGCACAGUAAAGUAAAGGCAGAACACUUAAUGACAAGAAAGUACACUUUAUGUGUGUUCUCUCAUGCUCUAACAACUUUGAUGGACAGGUUUACUUAUUGUAUUAGUAAUAUAGUAUUAGUAAUAUACACAGGAAUCCAUAGCUUUAGCAGGCAAUCUGUGAUUCUUCCAUUAUCAGUGAUCUGCCAUGAAACAGAGUAACUUAACAGAGUAACAUUGUGUGAUCAAUUUAGGGUCUUAUACUGUGUGGAAAUCACUACACGACAGCACACUCAUUUUCUGUAUAAAAAUUUGAGAUUUUUUUAAAAUUGAGUCUAAUAUUUGUAGAACAUUGACUAGACUAGUAAGCAGAGGUGGCUCUCUAAUUAGGCGAUUUAGGCGGCCGUCCAAGUUCUCGUGCUGGCUGGGGCCUCGUGUCCGCCUAAAUCGCCUCAGGGCAGAGUGACUUGUCAGGCUCUCGGGCAAUGACUGAAUGUGUGCAUGUAUUAGUGUGUGUGUCCAUGUCUGUAAUGUGAGAGUAGUAUGGUAUGGGCAAUAAAAAGGUAAAGUUUCAAGCAACAUGUAUAUUAAAUACAUACAUAUGCAAUUUAUGGGGAAAUAGAUAUAUGAUAAUAUACAUGUUAAAGAUUAUAGAAUAUGUGGGGGGAAAAAGUCUAUGACAACUUAAUUAUUUGGUAACUGCUUUUUUAAAAACCCAACCAAAAUUUUUUAUUUUUGUUUCCAAUAACCCCUUCACACCGGCACUUAUGUAUACACGACUGUCAGGCUAUGCAACCAUACCCCGCAUUCGUGUAUAAACGAUUAGCAUAAUUGCAAAUUAAAUGUGUUUAUUGCAAAUUAUCUCAUAACUACAGUCAGAGAGUUCACAUGGCAGAGGCCUAGGGAGCCGCGACAAUGCAAGCCUCUGAAGAUGAUGCAAUGCUGCAAGCCCGACAUUCAAUAUAUCUACAGCUCCUUAUACACACACAGGGCAACCUUUACAUUUAUUUUUCACUAAUGGUGCUAGUGGGGUUCGCCUAAGGCCUCGCAAAGUCUAGAGCCGCCCCUGCUGGUAAGCAUGGCUCUGGGAUUUACUCAAGGAACAAUGUAUACCUAAUAUUUUAGAUGGCCUACAAAACUAGAGACAUAUAUCUACAGAUAACAUGGUAGAUACUUGCACAGCCUGUAGUACAAAUGUAUGUGUCUGACCAGCUGACUCUUUUUAUUGCAUCUAACUUGGUAACACUUGUAUUCUUGCAUUUUGAAGAACUAUCUAUUCAUCGGAUGAAAGAACCUCUGAUAAACCAGUAAGGUCCAGUCUGAUUGACAGUGCGAGAUCAAGGUAAUGAUUGUGAGCAUUUUUUAUUUAAAAUUAUUAUAAGAUUAUUAUUAUUAUAAGAUUAAAUCUCAAGUUUAGCAGAGAGUGUAGUUUAAACUUGAGAUUUCUGGUUAAAUCAGAAGAAAGCAGCUUUACAGUUUUGAGUAUGCUCUAUAAAGACUGAACAGAUUUUGUUAAUUUUUUUUUUACAUUUUUACUUUAUUAUUUAUAUAGGGUACACAAAGAGGAAGAGGGGAAGCACAUAAGCCUCACAAAAUAAAAAAAACACUUAAAAAACAUCAAAAACACACACACAAAAAAGAUACAAAGAUUGGUGCAUAUUGUAGAUAAAAAUAUAACCGUAAUAAUCAUAGUUAUAUCUAUAAUACUAUUGUUAAUAAUUCUAAUGCUCCCUCAUAGCGCUUUAUACAGCCCUGAUCUGAUCACUAUUCCCUGUAAACCUUCAAAGACAAAGCAGAUUUAAACAAUGCUCCAAAUAAAUAACUCAUCUAUUAAAAGGAAGCUUCAGUCUCUUAAAGCACUCGAGCUUGAAUAGCCUUAUGGGUUAACUUUAUAUCCUAUGUGGUUUAUGUCAUAUUACUGCCAGUUUCGAGAGGAAGACCCACUUUUAUCAAUCUCCUUAGUAACACCUCCCGGCAGUAAAGUACAGUCAGGAAGGUUUCCUCGAUUGCUCACUUUGUACUGUACAGUAAUUCAGUGUGUGAAUGAGUGAGUGCUCCUCAUAGGGAAACAUUGGUUUCAAUAAAAAAUUAAUUAUUAGUGUAUAUUUUUAUUUAUUUCCCAUUUUUAUAAUAAUGUCCACUGUUUGAUAAUAUAAUAGACCUUGUCACGAGGUUGUAACAGAAGCACAUUAAAUGAAUGAACAAUGGCUUAUGUAACUCAGUGAUUUUUUACACACAUACACUAGACCAGCCAGUUCACACAAUCAUCCAUGUAAGAGACACAUGACACAUAUUCGGCAGCACAUCCCAACAUAUGGAAUGACAACAAAGAGAUAGAGAUGAAAAUAGAAUUGGUCCAAAUACAUCAAUCAAUUAAUCAGAAGCUGGGUUAAUAGAAUUGUCACCUAGUUUGGUAUCUUCGCCUUAGUUGGAAGAUUAAGACAUUAAAAUAUUUUUCUAUAAAUUAGAACCAAAUGUCACAAAAAUGAGUAAAAGCUGAAGACUGACUGAACACGUUCUUAAUUCUCCAAGAGGUCGAUAUAUACAAUAUUUAGUUGAAAUCAGCCUGUAGUAAAUCAUUUUAUAAUAUGCCAAAUACAGAGGCAGUAAUAAUGACAAUACUAUGUAUGUUAGCAAGAGAUGGGGUUAAUAUGGUUCCAGCUAGGUUUUUAAUUUGCUCAGUGCACAGAGCCACAUUUACAUUUUGUGAGUUGCCAUAGUAACGUCAGUUGGCUCUCUCAAUUACAAUGUAGUAUAUAAGCUAAAAUGUUGCUGCUUCAUGAAAUUCAUUGAUAAGGGAAAGUGAUGUGUAAAUGGAAACUGCUUGUAACACACAAAUCUUGAUUUGUUUCGCUCUUUCCAAUUUAUUUUCUUGGUUAUCGCUGUAUCAUGCAGGAGUUAAAAUAUACAUUGUAACUUAGCAUUUCUGUUCCAUUUUAAAUUUAUAGGUUUGAAAAAUCUGAUGACAAGCCAAAGCUUCCUCCUACCUCACCUACCUCACCGCUACCCAAAACUGAUCUCAGGUAAAAUCUUUCUUAAUACACUGUACAUGAAAAAGGGAAAUUGCCCGAGAAAUAAAUAGGGAAUGGUUGUGAAUUGACUAGGGCAUUGAAAAGCUUAGUCCAGUAAAUCCAACACUAGGGUGGGAAUUCUUUCCAAUUUGACUGUGUUGAACUAAAAUUCUUAUAUCAAUGCUCUGUAAUUCCUAAUUUACUGAUAAACAUUAAAGAUAUGUUUAUGAAUAGGGACUGUAUUAAAACAAUUUCCAACAUUAGAAUCUGAUGGAUUCCAUACAAUAUAAAAAGGCAUAGUUUGUGCGGACUGAUUUUGUAAAUAGAAUAAUGUCAUAAUAUCAAACCUACAUACGUUCCAGUGAAGAAAGCAGCACUAAAACCUUUAUGGCCACAUCCAGGUUUUUGAUCUCCUGUUGACAAUAAGGCCAUAAUAAAAAAACUGCAAUGUUUUAUUAAUAAAUGGUUUAGUUGGUGUCUUAUCAAUUUAAAUGCUUUGUCUACAGUGUCACCGGACCUUGACUCUUUAGCUCCAGACAUAGAACAUUUUUAAUCAGUUUCAGAAUGAUAAUACAUAGCUUUUCUUCUAAAUAGUGAUCACCAUAACAACUUACUUAUAAAGCUCCAGAAAGCUAUUAUCAUAUAUGAUGCUGAAUAAUCAAAAUAUAGGAGUGUUUAAUUGGCAAACUUUUUUUGUAGAUUUCAAAAUACUGAAGAUAAACCCAAAGUGGUGCCGAGGGUAUCCCCAGCUAAAACCGAUGAGAAGUAACUAUAUAUAAUUCUAAUAUUACAAUAUAGAUUUAGGAACACAUAGCUGGUUUUAAUUAGCAAAUAAUAAUAGUAUUAUAAUCAAUAAGAUAUUAGUAUUAAUUACAGUUUCCCUUGUGGGACACAUAUUUUGACAGUUGUCAUCAUAGUCUGCCUCCUCUUGCCACUGUCCUUAAGUCACAUCUCCUCCAUCAUUUCUGAUCACCCAUUCUCCCAUACCCCAUCUCUCACACUAACACGGUCACCUCAUGUCAAUCACUCUCACUCACAGAGUGUCUAAUUUCAUUAUCUCACCCUUCUUUUACUUACACUCUGCCUGUCAACCUUACCUACAAAAGCCAGUUGUUAAGGUUGGUCUGAGUCACAAGCAAGGCUUCCUCAACUCAAUUAUGAAAACCAGUCGAUUGGCAAGACACAGGGACUGGCCAACAUGAUUUUAGGCUUUUCUUCACUUAGUAAUAAUUUAUUAAAUCAAUAAUGAAAUAAACAUGAAUGCACUCCUUUUUUAUUUAAGACCUACUUAUCCUACAAAGCCUGCAGUAUCUCAGACUGGAGAAAGGAGAACUGUGGUGGAAAGAAGACAAAGGUAGGACUGUAAAGAGAUGAAUGGUAUGCUUCCAUGCUAUGUAUAGGAUAGGAUAAUACUUAGCCAUCAUAGCAAAUAUGUUGGGAACACACUGUGUUUCCACUGCAAGUCCAAGCAUGUGUGCUGCAUUACAUCCCCUUGAUGUCAUGGUAGUAACAAUGUUUCUCCAGUGGGAAAAUCAUUCAAAUUAGUAUGGUGUUUUUAUACAUGAUUAUAAUAACUGGAGAACCUGGACAUCAGACAGGUAAUUGCCUAAAAUGCGUUGUUCUAAAAUGCAUGUUUCCAUUUUUCCAAAAUGAGGACUUACAUUGUGCUAUAUAAAAAUAUAUGUGUUGAGUCUUCAGAUAUGUCAGAUUAAAAAUUGUAUAUACAUUGAGAAUCAUAAUUAUGUUAUUAAGAACAUGCAAAGGAAAUUAAAAACAUUAUUUUGAGAAAUUUAUAGGUGUUUUUGGCUCCAUUUCUUUUAUGCCAGAGUUUGAUUUUUCUGAGUGCCAGAAGAAAAGGUAUUGCAAAAAAUACAAUUUACUCACUCAUCUGGCAUUCUGCAACAUAUGUACCACUGUCACUUGGACAGAGUUAUUCACUAAAGUGAGAAUUCAAAGCAAAAUCUGAGAGAAUUUUAUAUUCAAGGCCAGAGUAGGUAAACUUCACUUAGAGAAUUAGUCUAGUUCAACUAAAAGGGACACUAUAGUCACCAGAACAACUACAGCUUAUUGAAUUUGUUCUGGUGAGUAGAAUCAUUACCUUCAGUCUUUUUGCAGUAAACAUUUUGCAGUCUUUUCUGAAAGGGCUUCUAGAGGUGCUUCCUGGCGCAGUGCAGAACUGGUAGUCAGUGACUCCACAGUCUGCAUGCAGACACUGAACUUUCCUCAUAGAGAUCCAUUGGUUCAAUGCAUCUCUAUGAGGAGAUGCUGAUUGGCCAGGGCUGUGUUUGAAUUGUGCUGGCUCUGCCACUGGUCUGCCUCCUAGACAAGCUCAUCCAGCCCAAUGCUUUCCUAUAAGAAAGCAUUAACACUAUAGGGUUUAGGAAUACAUGUUUGUUUUCCUGACCCUAUAGUGUUCCUUUAAUUUGAAAUAUACUUUGAAUUCAUAUUGAAUCCUUACUUUUGCGAAUUACCCUACAUGAGUUCACCAGUCAAAAGACAGGAAUGGUAGGAACUUCUUGAAUGCAUUGUACAAUAACUUGCUUUAUCUGUUCUCAUUAAGUUGAUUACUUAAGUAAUUAAUAACAAUGUCACAAAGCAAUACAGGAACAAUGCAUGGGGAAUGCUGGACAUAGCAGGAGGGUUUAGCUAUACUGGUACAAAAUGAGAGAUAUGGAAUUAGUUGAAAUAUACAGUGACACCUCUUUUACAUUUUUCAUAGGAGUCAAGACAUUGAUCAUCUUAUUGAUGUAACAACCACUAGGACAUCAAGCAGUAAAGGGUAAGAAUGAUUUUUACAUCACUUUACUUAUAUCAGUAAAAAAUAUAUAUUUAUAUUUAAUAAACAUUUAUAUAUAUAUAUACAUACAAAUAGAUUUAUUACCGCUUUUCUUCUUUUUCACUCUAUUAAUUACUUUUUCUUACUUGAUCUAUGAACCAACUGAGGGAAAAUGUGCACUGUGUACUGCAAAAUAUAUACAUAAUAUUAUAUUAUGUACACUAUAUAUAUUGCAGCACACUAAGUGGCCCAAUUUUGUGCCCUUUUGUAAAUAAGAUGUAAACAGCAGACAUAUUUGAGGAGUUAGGGUGGUAAAGAAGGGAAGGUCUGGGAAGAGAAUGGAAAGGGAAGGUAAAAAACAAUGUUUUAUCUUCUGAAAUAUAUACUUAUUGUUACUUAUUGUUUAUUUAUUUUUUAAGAGAUUUGAAUGACCUCAUUGAAAUAUCAAGCACCACAAAGAAUUUACGUAACAGGUAAGACCAUGCACACACUAUUUUUUGAUCUUUUCAAUCAUACUUAUUAUUUCAAGCUUAGCUCGCAAGUGUAAUUAUGUCACUGUAAAGAAAAAGAUGUCCAGUAAUAUUCUGUAUUAAUCCCAGAAUGGAAACUGUUGGAUAUAUCAGUAGUUAUUUUGGGUACUUGGAGUUUCCACCCAUGUUCUAUUAGUAUUUAGGUUUUCUGAAUACUAGUAUAGUAUAGAGCAGGGAUAGGCAUCCUUUAGCACUCGACGUUGUGGACUACAUUCCCCAUAAUGCUAGCACACCCAUAAUGCUGGCAAAGCAUCAAGGGAGGUGUAGUGCAAAACAUCUGGAAUGCCAAUUUUGCCUAUGCCUGGUAUAGAAAAUAGAGCCAUUUUGUGAUUUUUUUAACGGAGAUUAACUCAGUGAAACAACUUUGGACAUCCUAACGCUGUGCAUGAGGAUGUCCAGCAUGUUCAAAAUCAUCAUUGAUUCAAUGCUUCCUAUGGAGAAGCUGUAAUGUGUGCACGACACUUGCUGUGCAUGCACAUUAGGUCCUCCAUUGGCCUAAUGCUGUGGAAGGAGGAGAUUAAGCCAGUGCAAAAAGACCCUGGAAUUAGGGUAAGUGUCAAGAGGGUUUUUAACUCUUUCAUACUCGGGGUUUGCAACUUAAGUUUGGGACAGGAGUAUAUUAUGCACAUAAAUACAGUAAAUAAUUUAGUCAAGGUUGUAAAUAGAGAUACACUUAUUUAGACUAUAAUUUAUCCAUUUACUGAUUUGUUUAUCUUUUUAAUUUUAUAAGGGAUGAAGAACUUAACAAUUUAAUUGAAGUUAAAAAGCCUCAAGAAAAGACCAGGUACCAGUAUUUAAUACAAUAUUUAUAUAAUAUGACUCACACUACGGGUUGUAUACUAUAUUGCAAAAAUAUAUUUGCUUACGUAUUUAAUGUACUGGAAAACCUAUUGAUACGUCUGUUGCACGUUAUGGAACUGAAUAUAUUUAGCUAAUAUAUAAGGUUAAGACCAGAUAAAGAACAAGGGUGCUUUAAUCACCUACAUGAGUCACUCAGACACAUACAAGUGAAUAAUAAACAGUUGGUGAGAGCACACUACGCACAAUGACACUUUACCCUUAAUUUUCAAGUCUGUAAUCUUAUAAUUGCUUGAUUUAUUCCUGUAUAUGAAAUAUAAAAAUGCACAUAGAGCAGUAACGUUUAAGUCUAGUUUGUGGCUUGGACUUAAAAGGGUUUCACUCACAUGGUUUUGAGCCUCUUAACAUAAGCUGGCUCAAACUACAGGCAUGGAUAAUAUCAACACGUGGCCUCCACACACCAGGCUGCUACCCCUCCGUAGCCCUUCCGUUAUAUUCAAGUAUUCCAGGAUGCAAGGGAUUGAAAUAACAAUUUUAUUGGACACAAUGAAAAAUUGUCCACUGUGCAAAUAGCAAAAAGUCCACUGUGCAAAUAGCAAAAGUCCACUGUGCAAAUAGCAAAAAGUCUUUAAUUUUUUAGUGUGUCCAAUAAAAUUGUUAUUUCAAUCCCUUGCAUCCUGGAAUACUUGAAUAUAACGGAAGGACUACGGAGGGGGAGCAGCCUGGUGUGUGGAGGCCACGCGUUGAUAUUAUCCAUGCCAGUAGUUUGAGCCAGCUUAUGUUAAGUGGCUCAAAACCAUGUGAGUGAAACCCUUUUAAGUCCAAGUCACAAACUAGACUUAAACGUCACUACUCUAUGUGCGUUGUUUUCCCCCCUGUUUUUUAUAUUUCAUAAACAGGAAUAAAUUAAGCAAUGAUAAGAUUACAGACUUUUUGAAAAUUAAGGGUAAAGUGUCAUUGUGCGUAGUGUGCUCUCACCAACUGUUUAUUGUUGAAUAUAUUUAGCAUUUACAAGUUGAUAAAAUAUAUAUUUUUUAUAUUUAAAUGAAAUUGAUUUAAGCUAUUUUUUUUCCACAGGUAACCUUUAAAUCAUUAUUAAAGGCAUAGGUCUUGAUUUAAUAUUUUUGCAUAAGCUGUUCAAAUAAUUUAAUAUAUUUGAAUGAACUUUUAAAAUGAUUUAAUAUUUUGAAACAUAUUUUAAUGUUUUCUGAUAUAUUAACAUAUAUAUAUAUAUAUAUAUAUAUAUUUUGAUAUUAUAAUAUUUAGCAGUAAAUCAUUUAAAACAUUUAUAGUAUGUUAGCUUUUACAGUUAACAAGUGCAUCAACAUGACACUUAAUGCAUAUUAUUAAUGGCUUGUGCUUUAACUUUUUCCUCCAAUAUCUGAAGAAGUCAGAAUCUGGAUGAUCUGAUAGCUAUAGCUGGUGAUGGAAACAAAGGGUAAGAAACUGUAGUUUAUUCUAUAUUUUCUGCUGACACCCAUCUAUAUUUUCCUAACAUGUCACAGUAAAAAAAAACAGUAUUAUUAUUAGCACAUUGUGUUAGACAUACACACACAAACAUGCACAUGCAUCACUAGAACUCUCUUUUUAAAAGAUCUAAACAAUUAGCAUUUUAUUAUGUUGUGCUUUAAUUUAAAAUUAUAAUGGAGCUUGAAAAGGCAUUAAAGGAACAGUUUGGGCACUGUAACAUUACAAUUAAGUUGUCAUGGUGCCAGGAGGUCCCUGGUGCUGGAAGUGAUGUAACUAGAAACCACUUGGCCCUGGUGUGAAAAUUGCCCUGGGCUCCCAUCCAUGUAUCUCAUUCCCUCACCCCCAGUCCCCCCAUCUGUCUCAUUUCCCCCAAUCCUUCCAUGUGUCUCUUUUCCCCCCAAACCUAAUGUGCAUGUACAUCUAUGUGUCUCAUUUCCUACCCCCCAAAACCACUCCAUGUGUCUCAUUCCCUCGCACCAAGCUGCUACUUGUGUCUCAUUCCCCCGCCCCCAGCCCUCCAUGUGUCUCAUUUCCUCCCUCCCAAAGCCCCAUCUACGUGUCCCAUUUCCUACCCCACAAAGCCCCUCCAUGUGUCUCAUUUCCUCCCCCUCAAUGCCCCUCCAUGUAUCUCAUUUCCUCCACCUCAAAGCUCUCCAAAUGUAUCAUUUCCACCCCAAAGCCUCUCCAUGUUUCUCAUUUCCUCCCCCCAAUGCCCUAUAUGUGUCUCGUUUCCUCACACCAGCCCCUCCAUGUUUUUCAUUCCUUCCUCCUCCAGCCCCUCCAUGUGUAUCAUUCACACCUCCCCUCAGCUCCCUACAUGUGUCCCAUUCCCUUCUCUACCCCGAGCCCCUCCAUGUGUCCCAUUCCCUGCCCCCUACCCCUUCCAUGUGUCCCAUUUCACCCACUCAGCUCCUACAUGUGUCCCAUUCCCUCUUCCCCCAGCCUCUCCAUGUGUCCCGUUCCCUGCCCCUCCCCAGCCCCUCCAUGUGCCCACUUCCUGUCAGCUACAGGAGGACAGCAACACAGCACAGAGCUCCAAUCCUGCCGGUAAUUCGGCAACUGCAGACCAGUGCGGCUGUGCACCAGCCCUAAAGAUAUGCCGGUGCCCAGAGGUUGCAGGUGUCGCAGCUGCGGCAGGGCCUCCUGUACUGAUGGGCCCAAUUACAGUGUGGACCCCUGCAAAUGUGGUACUUACACUAUUGGGUGCUGGCUUACCUUUAGGUAAAAUCUGUACUUCAGUUCCAUUUUUCUCCUCUGUCCUUACACUUUUUUAAAUUCUUGUUCAUGCAGUUGAUGCUUUCAGCCAAUCAUUAGCACCACAUUCAUAAAAAUGGCUUGAAAAGAGUACGUACCAAGCAGUGAUAAUUUCAUCAACAAACAAAUACCAUCAUAGUUUUCAUCAAAGCCAUCAUUUUAUUUAGUUAUAGUAUUGUUUUCAGUGACGACAACUAUACUAUAACUAAAUAAAAGGAUUAUGACAAAAACUAUAGCGAAAUAAAUGACAAUUUAGUUAUAAGACUGACUGACUAAAACUAAAUUAAAAUGUGCUCUCAAAAUUAACAAUGAUUCUUUCAAACAGAAUAACAACUCUAGCAACUCUAGAAUAUUAACAAAAAUAAAAAAACUGUAUGCCGUUGAACAUAUUACUUGAACCCAAAUAGAGAAAAUUAAACAGUUCUCUGUUAAAGAGACAUUCGUCACUUGUUAGGCAAUGUCUCAUUUUGAAUGAGAUAAAUACAGAUUUUCAUUGUAUUAAUAUCUUCAGAGAUGCACUUUUGCUUGAAAGAAUGAAGGAUGCCAUGUGCAACUUGCUAUAAUCAAUGCAAAUCUAAUUACUGAUCUGUGCAAAAGCAAGGCCAUAUUUUGUUUCUUUAUGAGACUUAGAUUUAUUUCAUUUUAAGAUAAAUAAAAAAUUAUUUAUCGUAAUAAUAAUAUAUUAUAGAUGAAUAAUAUAUCAUUUAUCUUAUCUUGUCAAAAAAUUUAUUGUAUGUUCAAAACAUAAUACUAUAUAAAAUAAAAUGUUAAUAGAUGUUUACUCCUCCAGGAAUAUACAAUGAGCUCGGAAAUUCUAGAGAAAUGCUUAAAGGGACAUUAUAGUCACCAGAACCACUACGGCUUAAUGCAGUGGUUCUGGUGAUUAUAACCUGUGACUGUAGGGUUUUCAGUGUAAAUGCUGCCUUUUGAGAGAAGGCAAUGUUUACAUUGCUGCCCAGUAACACCUCUAGUGGGUCACUCACACGGCCACUACAGGUGCUUUCUAUCUCAGUGCUGCACUACCGCGGUGCCCGUUGGCUAAGUAAUGUGACGCGGUAUAACCGCCGGGGCCGCACGUUAAAGGGGCCCAUCGGGUGGCCCAUGCUGUUAGGGCAAUACACAGAUCUCUUUUAAAAAUGAAUAUUACUGAAUUCCUUUAUCUGGGUGUAGUGUGAUGCAGUGUACCCCUAGAGGACUGGAAGACUAGCAGCACUGUUCAAAAUACAACCCAAUUAUGGUGUGUAUAUAUAUGUUUAGAGAGAGAGAUAUUUAGAUAUUAAUGUAUUAGACAGAAAACUUGCCUUUCUUAUAUAAUCCACCUCUCUGAUCUACAACAAUCUAAGCUGUGCUUGUCCUAUAUUACUGCUUCAAGGCAGCCCCUCAUCUAAACUUUCCCUUAUGUUGCUGCUUCGAGGCAGCCCCUCUUCUGAUCUUUCCCUUAUACAAAUAUAUGACAGUCUUCUAGCGUAUGGUAAACCAGAUAGUGCUUCUAACACCACAUCUACCCGGUGAAUGGAGGUAGAGAUUGUAAAAGGUAAGUACCUCACAUUCUAAUGCUACCCAGAAUAACAAAAUAAAAACAAGCGCUCAAAUAUUUUGCCAUAUAUUAUUUCUCUCAGAAAUAUGAACUGAUGAUAAAUUAAACAGUGAUCUAGGGUGACACAUAAUUUGUCUGUGCAGAGCUUGGGUUUGUUUUAAAAAUCAAUACAUUAGAAAAAUCAAUUGCAAAGCCUGUGUCUUUCUUCAGUUGUCUUAGAACACAGCAGCUAAUUCUAAAUUUAGAGUUUGCAUAAUGUGUGCUAUUGAAACGAACAAUUAGCACAUUUACUGCAGUGUAGAGUAUAGUAGAGAACUGGGAUGUUAGAGUGCAACCCACUUAGUUAAGACAUUUGACUUAACAACACAAUUAAAGAAUGGCAAUUAAUAUAACAAUGAAGAAACAUCUGUAUUAAACAUCAAUAUGAAUUGUAGAAAUAAAAAAAAAAAUCAAGCGGUGCUAAUUAAGAAACAAGGUGUGCAAAACUAGUUAUUAAAUCCAAACUUAACGACGUAGAAUAUUGUAUUUGAGAUUCUUUACUUAAAAAGGGAAGAAUUACAAAUACAAAUAUUUGAGCAACUUGCAAAAGUAUUCACAUACCUGCAACAAUUCUCUAAUUUCACUCAGUACACAAGAUAUAUAGCAUAUAGAGUGAUGGAAACUUAUUUUGUAUGAUUUAACACACUGAAACUAAAAUCAAUUAUUUAAACACAAAUAAAAAACAAACAAACAAAAUCACUCUGGGAGAAGUAAGGUGAGUAAAUCUAACUAGCUAGUAUAACAAGUUAGCAUUAGGAGUACAUGUUUGGAUUUGUAACACUAGAGUGUACCUUUAAUAUUUAGUAGAGCUGCCUUGUGAUAUAACAGCUUUAAGUCUUUUGGGUUAAUAAGUUUAGUUUUUCAUACAGUCGUCAGAACUGAGCAGAUUUGUAUCCAGAUGGUUCGAGAUGAUUAGUACCACACCACAAUUUUAAAAUAGAGCCACACAUUUUCAAAAGGACCUGGGUCAAGUUACUGUUGACUUUCACAUUUUUACUAGUAAUUUACUGAAAUGUCACUUUGACCUUGUAUUUGGGAUAAACAACCUCCUGAAAUGUAAAUAUUCUCUGAAACGUAGUGUUCUAAUCAACAGAAAAUGGUUGUCUUACCUUUUUUUUUUAUCUCCUAUAAUUUCUUUAGGUCAGUUGGGCCUACUAACAAUACUACAAAUAUUGGUAGCCGAAGUUCCACUACGACCACCAAAAUUACUGAAAAUACCUCUGAUGUAUCUGGUAACCGCUCAACUACUAACAAUACUGCAAAUAUUGGUAGCCGAAGUUCCACUACGACCACCAAAAUUACUGAAAAUAUCUCUGAUGUAUCUGGUAACCGCUCAACUACUAACAAUACUGCAAAUAUUGGUAGCCGAAGUUCCACUGCGACCACCAAAAUUACUGAAAAUGAUGUAUCUGGUAACCGUUCAACUACGUCCUACAAAAGUACUGGUGAUCCCCGUGAUGCCACAAACCUUCGUUCAAACAAAACUACCACCACCACCACCACUACCACAACAUAUAACAUAAGUGAAGAUAAACCUGAUGGGACAAGCCGUCGUACAUCCUCAUCCUCUAAGGUCAAUGAUGAUCCAUCUCUUACUUCAAGCCGUCAAACAACUACAACUUACAAAUCUAAUAAUGACACAACCAAUGCACCAAACCAACGCUCAAAUGUGACCAUUACUCAGGAAUCAAGGUAAAAUUGAAAAUAUCUAUACUUACUAAAGUGUUGUGAUAACUUUAAAGCAAAGCAGAUGGGAGCCAGGAUUUUCUUUCUUCUCAUCCCUAACCACAUAUGUAGGAGAUUAAUAUAAUUUUUUUAAGUGAAUGUUUAGAACAAAUAUAGUAAAUAAUAUUGGCUCCAGGAAUCCAUGGAACACAUUUUAAUAAUUGAUUGACCCAUUUUGUUUUCGUUAAAAUUGCAGUCUGUUUAAAUGGCCACAGUUCUCCCUCAUAAAGCAGUGUCUGUUUGGAGACCAUCUCAGGCAUCAAGAAAUAAGGACAACACCCAGCAUCUCUGUUGUUUUAAAUGUGCCAUGAGAUGCUCCUUUGCUUUGCACCUAGUAGGGUCACUAUUAUAACUUGGAGAAAAAAAAUAAAAGAUACUUAAAUCUAUGGAGAUUUCACUAGGCAAAUCACUCACAAAGCUGUCUGAGUCACUUGCCCCAAAUACAUGUCCUAACAUUGCCUCACACAUAAAACCCCAACAUAUAUAUAGAUCAUGAAGGGGAUAUCUUCUCCCUAUAACCUGUAAAUAAAUAAUUUCAGCACUUACCACAUUCCAUUGGUGUCAACAGAUGCUGACAUCAAAGUAACCCUCUGCAACUGUAUUUACAGCUUGAGAGUUAGGGAAGAGGAGGGAAUAUGAGUGACGGAAGAGGAAGAAGAUGACUCUAGCUCCCUCAUGCUUCUUAUUGUUAAUGUUUUAGUGAUGAAUACAAACUGUUUUUGUUUUAAUAUAUUUCAGCCAUUCGCCUGACAUAACAAGCUUCUAUUAUAAGCCCAAACUGUCAUACGAUAAUGAAAGGUAAUUAUCACUGGAUUAGAAAAUAGAGUUAUUUACUUGUUUGGGUACAAUACCAUACUUAUGUUUACUAUUGAAUUUUUUUAAAAUAACACAAUAUCAAAUACAUACAAAACAAUAGCUGACUUUAAACAUUCCAUAUUUAAAUUCAAAAUAUGUCUUUAAGUAUAUCAGUUUUAGAGAUGGAGGUGGUUUGUACUAGUGUUAAUUAACAAAACCAAAAAAAUAUGGAAGCAAACAUAUUAAACAUUUAAAGCCAUGUGUGGAUCGUUUUUAUCAUUAUAGUUAUCAAGAAAAUUGUGAAAUAUAAAUUUUAUUUUCUUAUAUUUAAACACACUUUGUUUUCUUUAAAAAAUGCCACAAUGUCAAUGUGUAGGACCUGCAUAUUACUACCACAUGCCAAUUGUGUUUUAGCAAAGCAAACUAUUAACUGGCUUGGCUCAUCAUAAUCCAUCAUAAAAGCAUAGUUUCUGUUUUACAUUUACCAGAUGACUUAUUCUAAAUGUUGUUUAAUUUUGCAUUAUUACUAUUAUUUCAGUGCCUUCAGAAACAGCCCAGUAUAUGAUAAUCUUAAUGCAUAUGAAGAUACUGUCAAGACAAGUUCCAUUAAAACAGUUUAUUCUACUUCAGAUCGGUAAGCAAUACAUAAAAUGUUGGUUUAUUAUAAUGUUAAUGAAUAAACGUGCUGACCCCAGUGACAUGAGUUACAAUAACUGUGAACAAGGCAGCUAUGAGCUGUGGGUUUGCAAAGCUAUAGGUUUGUCUGUGUCGGGUCUCCUCAUGCAGCAGCUAAUAGCGGCAGAAAUCGUUCUGUUUAGCAGUGGUUUCCAAUCAGAGUGGCGUGGUGUACCUCAAAAUAUGUCACAAAUACAUUUCAGGGCUGUAAUAGGCCGAACGCAGAUAUUAACAUGUGUUUUGUAAUGUGUCAGAAUGAACAUUUUGGAUUUUUAUCUAUUUAAUUUAAAAAAGUACAUUUGACUAGAUAUUUAUAUAUCCCUCUAGUACACCCUAAAAGUGUAUGUCAUUUAUAAGAUGCCAAUGAAGGUAAAAGGAAAAAUAAGUAGAUGUGUCUGGUGUAUAGAGAGUAGACAUCUGGUGUCUUGUGUAUGUGAGAGCAGACAUCAACAUUUGAGCUUUCAUUGGGCAGUUGACCUAUGUUUACAUACUCUUUUUGAUAUCAGGCCUAGCUGCAGCAGUAGAAUGAGUCUUUAAAAAAAAUAAAAAAUAAAAAAAAAAGAGAGAAAGGAAUCCAAAAUGCUAAAAUGGGAGGACUAUAAAAAUGGAAUAACAUAAUAUGUGAGUAAAGAGAAAGGGGAUUUAAAUUGACUAGGUAGAGAAAGGUUCAAGGAGGAAGGUAGGCAAAAUCAAAGGAUACUGGUGGUAGGGCAAGUCAAUAAAGAAGGCAAAUGAGGAUCAUACUUGGAGAGAUGAUAUAUCUAUGGACGCAACAAAGAUAUAAAAAACAAGCAGAAGAUUAAAUUAAAGGGGGAAUAGAGGAAAUAGAGGGAGGAAAUGUGAAAUUGAUAGGUUGUGAACAUGAAUGAGUUUAGUAUUUGGACAUUUUUACUAUAUUUCAAAUAUUCUUUAGUGGGCCUAUUAAAAUGACAGACAUUUCUAUAUUAUUAUCCACAAGAACAAGGCCAGAGAUUAACAAAUGAUAUGACGUGGCAAAGUAAGCCGUCCAAAGGAAAUAUACAAACGUGUAUACAUGCCUUGUUACCACAAAGAUAUGAAUACAUAAAUUAAUAACACUACAGGAGUAACACAACUAGAGAUAAUAGUUAUGUUACGAACGCUGGUAUAGUAGAUACCCUGUUCGCCUAUUCCUCCCAAACUGCUGAGCCUGAAUGAUUAUAGCUGCAGUUCGGGUGUAGAUUUGAAUAGUUCCAGACAAAUGCAGCAUCCAAGUAGUUUUCUCCCCAGCAAGUAGACAGUUACCCAAACAUGAGCCUAGACUUCAUGAAGGGUACAACAGGUAAUUAAGUUUAAUGGUGCCUCACUGGCUUUUAUGCAAGUCCGCAUGCAAGGGGCAUUCCCACAGGACCUUGUGAGGGACAGGGACACAAAGGUUACAGCCAAUAAUAUUACAGUGACAAAGUUUGACACUCCCAAUACAAACAGAUAAUUCCCUCCUCUUUGCCUGUGAGAUAAUUGAGUCAGCUAGAUUAAUAACUCAAUUAUUUUUAGGCAGUAAAAACAUAUUUUCCCCAAAACUUAGAAAGUACCCUAAAACACAUAGCAACCCCAUAAAUGUCAUAUCCCCCGAUAGCCCUGAUCUGGGUGACCAACAUAUCCAAAAAUCACCCAGAUCAGUUCAGGGGUUUUUGAAUUUUAUGGAAGUCCCAUUUGUACCGACCGCACACGAGGCUCCUGCCCAGAAACAAUUCCAUGAGUUUAGGCUGUGCGGUCGGUCUAUUUCGAAAAGUCAUAAAACUGAAUAAAUGCAUGAACGGAACCCCUUGGCUCAUAGUAGCGAUUGUUCCCCUUGUUCGUGGGAACCAAACUACUGAAUAGCGAUCUUCUGGCUGUUCGGGAAAAGGAAGCAGGCGUUCGUAUACUUUGACCGGUGUUCGGGAAGUCUAGUGUCCAAUUUUAGUUCCAGACACUCGACGACCAAGUCCCACUGCCUCAUCUUGUGUGAACAAGAUGGCCACCGUUUUCUCUUGCAUGUGGUGUUUGGUUAUACGAACGGCGGCCCCACAGGGAGAGCGCUUCAUCAACGGUUUCUUUUGAAGAUAAUGAGCGAUGGGGGUGGUCGGUAUUUGGUAGUUACAGCUACCGAACCAAUAAAACAUAAAAAGUCCUGAAUGGCAAUAAAAAGUCCUGAAUAGCAUGCUAUUUUCUUCACAAGUUACUACAAGCAUCAUAACCACUACAGCCUGCUGUACCCUGGCUCAGUUUCUCAAUAAUGGGGCAAACCGUUACCUGGGCCCCCACAAGGCAAAGACUGUCCUCUUGUGGCCAGUGAUGACAUCCGGCUUCUACGGAGUUGCAGAAGCUGGAAGUCAGUCCUGCUAGCCAUGCAUUAGUCAAUCCUGAAAGCUAACUGCUUUGAGCCAAUUUAUAUAUUUGUGUGCAAAGUAAUAUGCAGAGAAUUUACAUUAGCCAAUCAAAAACUUUACAACUUUACACUGCACAUACAGACUCCAAGCACCAUAACCACUUUCAAACAUUUAAGUGGUCAUGGUGCUUAUAGCAAUCCUUUAAUAGCAUAUCGUAAUUUCAUUGUUAGCCCAUAAAUCUUCAAAGUCUCUUGGCCUGCAUACAUCGUAUGAUGUAAGGAUAAUAACACAAUUCCAAAAUGAGUGACUAUCUGUCCUGAAAUAUUUUUCAAAAUAAUAUGAAUGAUAACUGCAUGCAUGCUUUUUUUGUUUGUAACUCUGCAUUGUUAUUUGAUAUCAUAUUAUGCCAUCAGCACCUGCCAUCAAGCUUUCAAACCUAUAACUAAUGCAACAAGAUAUGAUCGCAAAUAAAUGAAGAUAAAUAAAAAAAGUGUGCCACUCAUUUUGCUAAGUGUUUUUUUAUAACGGUCAUUGUUUUGAUCCUAUUGUUAGGUCUGUCAUUGAAAAAGACAUGUGUACUUACUGUCGUAAACCACUUGGCAUUGAUGCUAAAAUGAUCCUGAAGGACCUGAACAUUUCUUGUCAUGCAACUUGCUUUAAGGUAGGUACAAACUGUACAAAUAUAUUACAAAUUGGUAAUUGUGUGUGCGCGUUUUUGUGUAAUUGUUAGAGAUCUGAUCCUCUAGUUCUAAAUUUCCAGUCACCACCUGAUCAUCUAAUCAUGAUGAUCAUUUUCUGUAGUGCAAUGGCACAAUUAUUAUGUGCACUCCGUCACUCCAGAAAUGUAUAUUAUAAGCUAGUAUUGAUCUUCAACUCUUAUUCCAGCCUAUUUGCCCAAAGUGUAGUUGAAACAACCAAAUUACUUUGGUAAGAUAGGAUAAGGGGCUGAAAUACUUUCUAUACACUUAUGAUUAAUGUUUUUUUUCUUCAUUUUAGUGUGAAGUGUGUUCUGGUGAUUUGGGAGGCCUGAAAGCUGGAGAUAGUAUGUGGAUCUAUAAGCAAAGCAUACACUGUGAACCUUGCUACUUCAAAGCAAAAGGUAAGGGUAAAACAAUACAAUUUGUAUGCUCCAGCCUUAAUUUAAAAAAAUCAUGUUAUGGUUUGACAUGGCAGCUCUGGGAUGUAGAAGUCUGUAUGCUCAUCCCUUUGUAACCCAUCAUCUGGUGCAAGAGUGAGAUGUAACCUUCUCUCUAUAUAUCUGCCCCUUUUGUAGUUCUAUAAAGACCAUUACAUUUAAUUUAUAAAUGAUUUAAUUGAUUAUAUCAUUCUCACUAGUGAACUUACUGCAACCUCCAACUUGCCCUUCCCCCAAUUUCUUAUGUUAAUCAAGUGAGAUUCAUUCUGAUAUAAAUGUUCUCUCCUGUAUUUAUAUAAUUAACAUGUUCUUUGUUGAUUGUGUAAUUACUAUUCGGUAGCUCACUGGAUAAGGGUGUUAUAUACAGUAUGUUAAAUACAUUCAUAAAAAAGUAGUCAUGGAAUUUAUCUAGUAAUUAGUCAGUUCAAGGUACACCUGGAAUUCCAGCUGGUAUCACUUAUGUGUCUAACCCUUUGCCCAAGAAAUAAUGGAAACUCACCAUCAUCCACUCAAGCUGCUGUCAAUUAUUAGUCAACACUGGUUCAGUCAGAUAUCGAGCAAAAAAAUAUGGGGAAAUAUUAGAUGUUUAUUACCGAAGAUCAUUAAGGCUGUCAAAGGUUUUUCAAUUUGAAUAAACUGAGAUAUUUAUAUUUGUAGUAUUCUUAAGGCUACUUUGGGACAUAAUCACAAUGCAUUAAUUCAUACUAUAUAUUUUUUUUUAACUUUAAAGGUAUAAAAUAGUGUCAUGAAUAUAAACGUGUAUUACUGACAGCAUAGGCUUAAAAUAUUAGUUUUUUUCUCCAGCCCCCCUAACACUCCAUUCAGGGGAGGGCUGGCAACCUUAGGCCUGGGGGGCAAUUGCCUCCCUGCCCCCCAUCCCUUCCCACCCCUGCCUGUGGCCAGGGACAGGGGAGGUCAUAGUCUCUGGUGGUCUGGUGGCAUGCUGUGGGCCCCCGGCUAACUGUACACCGCAGGGGGGGCCAGCACAGUCCAUCCUCACUUCCCAGCUGCUCUACUCUAAGUCUCGCGAGCUGCCCAGAGCGUUGCCAUGGUAACCAGUGGCAACACUCUGACGACCGCGGCGCUCGCAAGACUUAAUCUCGCAGUCUACACAGACUUAGUCUCGCGAGCGCUGGGGUCGUCAAACCUGCGGUGUACAGGUAGCCGGGGGGGCCCAAAUAUGCACAUAUAUAUAGGGAUAAUGGUUGUCAUGCCCUGAUGGCAGCUCUGGAGACGGCAUCCGUUUUUUACAUUAUUUAGGGCAGCCUGCUGGUCAAUUGCCUCCCUGGCCCCUGUCCCAGCCUACCCCUGCCUCCAUUAAAUAUGGUUAUUUAAUUACCUUUUUUCCAAAGCCUCAUGGGUCUCCUCGCAGCUGGCCCCUCUUCCGCUCUGCCUCCUUGGCUGAGAUCAUUUAAGAUGAUGAUCUCAGCCAAUUCAAUGCUUUGCCUUAGGAAAGCAUUGGGAGUCUAUUGCGCACGCACCGCUAAACGCUGCACUGAUCAGCAUCUCCUCAUACAGAUGAACUGAAUCAAUGCAUCUUUAUGAGGAAUAUUGAGCGCCUACAUGUAGAGCAUGUAGAUGCUGAAUGUCAGUGCUGCACAAUGUAAUUGUUCUGGUGUCUACUGUGCAGCACUGACCCAGGAAGCACCUCUAGUGGCAGUCUGAGCAGUGACCACUAGAGGUGUUCCUAGGCAGUAAUGUAAACUCUGUAAACACUACCUUUCUCUGAGAAGGCAGUAUUUACAAUAAAAAGCCUGCAGGAUCAGGCAGUAGACACCAGAACAAUUACAUUAAGCUGUAGUUGUUCUGGUGACUAUAGUGUCCUUUUAUUAAUGUACAGCUGCGCCAUCUUCAUAUAACCCAUAGAUACUAGCUCUUAAGACUGUAACAUUGGCUGCAAGUAUACAUCAUGUAUUUCUAUAAAAUGAGAUGCUACAUGUAAAUGUUACAGCUACUAGCAUUAUUCUAUCUUUACCUAUUCAUCAUGGUUUGCAUAUACUAACAGAAGAGAAAAAUACAUAUUUACUUUAAGGCACAUUCCAAGCAUGAGUGCCCUGACACCCAACACAAUAUAAGUAGUCACACUGCUAAGAAGUCCGCUGGUUACUGCAGUUCAGGAUUUAGCUCAUUGGUUUAGAGUGAUCAGCUGACAAUCUCAGCCAAUGAGCUGAACCUGCUAAGGGGAUGGCAGGAAAAUGCCAAACCAUAAAACGGUUCGAGUACUUGCAUGUGGCACUCCUUGCACCAUAACCACUACAGUGUGCUAUGUAAGAUAAAAUAGAUAAAUAGAUCAGUUCUUUUACAGGACCGCCAUACUGAUAUCUACUUUUUCAAAAGCAUACUAAUUGUAACUUAUUUUAUUUUAUUUCAGAGAGAUGGAUCAUAUAGAUGUUGCAAAAUGAACAACUAUGGGAAGUAUUCAGACAUGGAGUAUGUUAUGGAGAAGUUCAUAAAAAGAAUUUAGAAUUUGAGUUGUCUUUGUUCUUUUAAUAAAGUGUGUGUAAAACUGCUUAUUAAAAACUGUUAGGUAUUAAGAAUUAACGGUGUUACUUCUAUAUAAAUUUUUCUUUAAAUAAACAUGAUAUUGUUUAUUCUAACAUUUAAAAAAAUAAUUUUAUUCUUGGUUGAAGAGACAAAUAAUUAUUCAGUUUUCAAAGAUCCUUAAUUAUAGGCCUUUCAUGAAACAUUACCCCAUGUUGCGUAAUAAUAAUUGUGGAGUAGGCAUAUUGUUUUUUAAUACAGGGUUCUUCAUGAAUAUCCAAUAUAAUUUUUUUAUAACCCAGCCAAAAAAAAAAAAAUUAAAAUAAAAGAGAUAAAGCAAAAACGGCUAUUUUGAUAAAAAAAAAAAUUAUUUUUCUAUAAAGUAACUACAAAAUAUAUCUUUAGAAAUUCUCUUGUAAAGUAUAAUAGAGCAAAACGCCUAUACACUAUAAUUUUACAACACUAAGCACUUCUGGUAGAGGAAACUAUUAAGUUGCUAUAGGAUGUUUUCUCUCAUUAGAUAUUGUUUAAAUAAGAGUGCUUCUGGUUAUUUGUGAUUUGCAUUUUGAUGUAUAUUUGUUAAUGUAAAGGCUAUAUUGCUACUAAACGUAUUUUAUGGUUUUUCUUUAGUGUAAUUAUUACCAAUUUCUUCCACAUAAUUAAACCAAAAGAAAAAGGUAUACCUUUUUUGCACCUAGAAAUCAAUGAUGCCAGCUUUGGACAUUUUGAAAUAUUUACAAAAUCUCAUAUUGAACAUUUUUUCUGUUUUGAUUUUUGCUAUUUGCUCAAUAAAAUGGACUUGCCACUUAUACUACUUUUGGCAUUACAUGUAUUUAUUUAAACGAUAUAUAUAUAGGAUGUUUUAUAAGAUACUCAAUGUAUGUAAUAAAUUGAUACAUUU